CUGGCUGUGCUCUAACCCUCCAGUAAGAUCUCACAGGCUGACUCCAGCAUCAACACUCUCCCACCAACUAGUUCACUUUUAUUGUUUCCACCCACAUUGAAUUCAAUAUUAUCACAUCCAGCCACCUCAUGGACAUCCUAAACUAUAUAUAAGAGGCAAGACUGGAGCUGGUAUGCUCUACACAACACUAAGAGGCAGCUAAAGGGCAGCUGCUAACUUACUUUCACACAGAAACUUAACAAAAGGAUGACUGAUUGAGUCCUUUAUUUUAUUGUAUUAUUUCAACACAACAAAAAAGGAUCCAGUUGGAAAAAAAAGAAGGAAAAAGAAGAUUUUAGAAACUACAGAGAAUCCAUCAGCAAAGGUAACCUGGAAGAAGUGUGCUUUGCAGUGUGUGUCUGUGUGUGAAAGCAUGUGUCUCUGUGUGCAUAGAAAGCUUUGAGAGUCCUGUUCUGGCUGGUCUUGCAGGCUGCAGUUGUCUGUAAUCACCUGUGUUGUCAGAGUAGGAUGUAAAGAAUAAAAUGUGUUUGAGGUCCGGUGUGUGAAUGUUUACUCAGACGCCAAGCAGAGUGAAAUGUGUGUGACUGUAGGAAAAGUCUAUAGUUCUCUAUGUACCUAGUUUAGGGAUUGUUUGCGAGGCAUGCAGGAAAGUGGGCUGAUAUAGCUUACAGAGUUGAUUCUAGAGAGGCAGGCUCACUAUAAUCUAGAAAGCAUGCCUGGAUUCAGAGUCUGCUGUCAGAAUUCUAACACAGAUAUAUUGUUUCUUUUUUUUCAUUCCUUAUCCCAGGAUUCUACGAAUUCCAAGCCUGGAGAGAUCCGGUUAGUUAAACCUGAUCCCAAGCAGAUAUGAGAGAUCUCAGGUGCUCUGCAUUGCUGGCUUUGGUACUCUCCAUGCUAUCUUCUGGAUACUGCAAAGAGAGGACUGACUCCAGCACACUCAGUGACAAAAGCCUCUUAAAUUUCAUCAUGAAAAUUAUUAAAGACUUAGAAAAGCAUAAUUUGGAAGAUGAGAAUGGGGUGCAGUAUGUGUCCAAGCAGGAAGAUUACAGCUCAGAGGCCAAGGAGGAUUUAGAUUAUGGACUGUAUCACGAGCAGAAAGUGGGUGAGUACACAAAGUUUACUUUUUUACAUAUACAGUAUAAGCCAUCAUACACUUUACAUAGGAUUCAAUGCUGUCCAUUGGGCUAUCAGCUUAUAUUUUAAUAUAUAGAAAUAUUAUUUAUGAAAUGGAAUGUGUGAUUUUGUUUUUACACUUGCUUUCCUUACAUUGCUCUUCCUUGGCAUUUGUUAAGUUAGGGGGAAUGUGUGCACUGUGCAGGUGUAAUGGAAAUGCGUUCUCUUUCAGGGAGAGCUGCAUAGAUUUAACCCUUUAAGAACCGGAUUUGUGACACAAUCUCUAUAACGAGUUGAAAUCUUUUAGUGUAUAUUUUGCCUUUUUUUCCAGCCCAUUCUGUGUUUCACUCAGUGAGUGUCAUUGAUGUAAGCAGUGCCCCAGCACUCAGAGGUCUAGGAUAGAACUAGACUCACACUCUCUCUGCCAGAGAUGAAUCACUCAGGAUUAAUCUCCUUAGAUUGUUACUUGAUUUAACCCUGGUUGGCUCAAGACAGAUCUCCAUUUGCUUCAGGACUACAACUCCCACUAUGCUUUGCCAGUCCUAACACUAAUAACUUUGGAGUUACAGCUCUACAACCCCUGGGGGUCUGCUACUACUUUAACCUUUUGGGUGCCAGACCUGUUCCUAACGUAAUACUUGUGGCACUCAAAGGGUUAUUAAUAGUAACUACAUCCUGCAAACUGUCUCCAUUUACAGAACACAAAGAUGGAGGGGGCAGUCUAAUUGCACUCUCUUUGGGAAAUAGCAUUGUUUUCCCCCCAGAGCAGCAAUCUCAUGGGAACCUCACACUAAGUAACCAGAACGUGCCUCACUUGCUGUUGGCAAAGGAGAGGCCAAUCAUACGAGGGUCAAUCACAUCUAGAUAAGCUGAACAAAGAGUCUAAGCCACACGAGGCUUCCAGCAAACAGGGAAUGCAGCGUGUUUAAUGUAUUUAUUAUCAUUUGUUUUUAUUUCUAUGGUGAUUACAGAAUAGACCAUAAUAAAUGCAUGCCCCUAGGUCAAACUGUGAUGAGUCUGUGUGGGAGGCACACACAGCACGUAGUUGUUGGCAUGUGUGAAUUGGAUUGUGUAAGAUGGCACUGGGGGCUGUGGGUCGCUCCAUAGGUGACUGGGGCCACAUGCUGGAGCUUGUAGGUACAGGAAGCUGCCAUAGCUUUGUUUAUUUAACAACAACAACAAAAAGUUGUUUUUCAGACAAAUAGAAAUACCCUCAUUAUUGAUAUGUUUUUAUAUAAACACAGACACACACACACACACACACAUUCUCCCUUUCAUAAUUCUUAUCCAGCUCCUUUAUCGAGGUUAGGAAAUGUUUUAACCCUAUGAGCACUAGGCAGGAGGUGAGCAACGAACUUGCAGUCCUUUUCUGAUCUCUCCAGCACUGGAAUAAAAGGGAAUCAUGACAUGUCACACAUGUCAUGUGUCUUUAAAGGGUUAAACAAUGAAUGUGCCAGAGAACGAUGUAAGGGUCACGUUUAGAUAGACUUCCCGAUACUUUGUAACAAGCAGUUUUGCCUAUUUCAAAUGGGCAAAACAAACAAACUACUACUUAAAAUGGGGUUGAAUCUAUACUAGGAUUACAUUGCUACAUGUAUUUAUCAGACUAGGGAUAUAUUCUUUUUAAUGUACUGUCCAUCAAGAUACUAAAUCACUCAAUCUGCAACUUUCACAGAGAAUCUGUCAGUUACUAAAUAUUCUGCUUUAUUUAUUUGUUGCUUUUUUAUUAAAGUCCCUUUCUUAAGCACUGCAUGCCAAUGUAGUGGUUAUAGUGCGAUCAACCUGUAGGCAUCGUUCCUCUGUUCAUUUUUGUAAUGGUUAUCAGGCUGGGGCACCAUUCCUAUGUUCAUUUUUGUAGUGGUUAUAGUGUUAUCAGGCUGUGGGCACCAUUCCUCUGUUCAUUUUUGUAGUGGUUAUAGUGUUAUCAGGCUGUGGUCACCAUUCUCCUUUCCUAUAAAGUGAUAUGACCAAACUGGGGAGUCCACAAAGCACUAACACCCCAAGUUCUGGUCACUGAGGUGCAAAUGCAAGAAUAUUUUUUUCCAUAUCUGAACAGCUUUGAUUGACUGAACAUGUCAGUUGCACCCACACAAAGCCAUCCAAUUGUGUUCAAAAACCAUUUGACCCAAAAAGAAGUGGUACACCUUGUAUUAUAGCACCAUAACUACUACAUCGAGAUUUAAAGGUUGCAGUGCUUAUACUGCACCAUUAAUAUAAGAUUUUACAUAAAAAGGGCAAUUCUGUUGUGGUUUUUAGCUAUAAAAGUGGAGCGAUUGCAGUGAAAACCAUUGGGUUUUACCUUCCAUUUGUCCUACUUUCAGAGCUUUGUCACAGGACUCCUCUCUAUGCGAGACUUAAUAACAGGUUCUGAUAGUGUUACCUGUGAAAUAAAAGAAAUGAUUGUAUUAGACUUUAAUAGCUCAAAAUAGAAAGGAAAUUAAGCAGACUGAAAGACAGUGGUUUAUGUCAGUUCUUGCAUUCAGUGUUACCUACAAAUUGCAAUGAAAUUACAGUCAUGUUGAACACCAGGUGAUCAGUCACAUUUUAGCAAAAGCAAAAGCAUACCCAGAGCACUCUUUAUCAGAUACAACUGCUCAGUAAAACAAAGUGUGACCAUAAAAACUGGAUAAAUGAAGUCUGGAAAAUCAGCACCUAGUCUGAAAAAUAUUAUUAAUAUCCAUUAUAAAGAAUCAGAAAAUGGUGUGAACCCAUGGAUCCAUCCUUCCUUGGGUCACUGGUACAAGAUGGCGCUGGUUUAGGAUAGGUAAUUGGCAUAAUUUCAAGUUAGUUCCAUAAAUGAAAGACUGACUUCAGUUUACUCCAAUGGCCUACAGGGUUUUCCAAACUCUGGCCCUCCAGAUGGUGCUGGACUACAACCCCCAUUAUUCUCUGGCUAUCUUUUUUAUUGAAAGAAUCAUGGGAGAUGUAGUUCAGCAACAUCUGGAGGGCAAGAGUUUGGAGAACCCUACCCUACACCAUGCCCAGUUCAAUAAAGCAUAUUUUGUAUUAUUAUUAUUAUUAUUAUUUAUAAAGCGCCAGCAAGUAACGUAUCGCUGUACAAUGGGUGGACUAACGGUCAAGUAUUUGUGACCAGACGAGUUGGACACACAGGAACAGAGGGGUUGAGGGCCCUGCUCAAUGAGCUUACAUGUUAGAGGGAGUGGGGUAAUGUAGCGCAAAAGGUAAGGGUAGGGCAGAAAAGUAGGUUGUUAUGAUAGUGUUCAUUGAGGGUUAAUGUUUUGUUUUGAUGACAGUUUCAGGAGAGGAAUCAGGGUGCGGGAAGGGAAAGCUGUUCACAGUUUAAUUUAUAUGCUUUCCUAAACAAGUAAGUUUUCAAAGAUUUGGGAGAUGUGGGCGGACAGGAAGAUGAACCUUGCCGCUGCAUUCAUUAUAGACUAUAACAGGCAAGUUGGGAACACGUAUGACCACGAAAAGUAGAUUACAGUAGUCAAAGCGAGAGAGGACAGCGGCAUCGACAAGCACCUUUGCCGUAUCAGGUGUUAAAUAGGGUCGGAUACGCGCAAUAUUUUUGAGAUGGAAGCGGCAGAAUUUGGUGAAUGAUUGGACAUGAGGGGUGAAGGAAAGGUCAAAAUCAAAGAGAACACCUAGGCAGCGAGCCUUAGCGGUAGAGCGGAUGGUGGCGCCAUUGACUUGGAGGGACACAGACAAGGGAGUAGCAACACUUGAGGGAGGAAAGACCAGAAGUUCUGUUUUGGAUAGGUUCAGUUUAAGGAAAUGAGCAGCCAUCCAGCUGGAAAUUGCAGAGAGGCAGUCAGAGACAUGAGUUAAGAGGGGUGGUGAGAAAUCAGAGGGAGGACAGAUAAAUUUGCGUGUCAUCCGCAUAGAAAUGAUACUGGAAGCCAAAGGAGCUGAUGAGUUUACCAGGGGAGGCAGUGUAGAUUGAGAACAAUAGGGGACCAAGGACAGACCCUUGGGGAACACCAACCUGGGAUGAUGUGAAAUGGGUGGUUCACAGCAUAAAAGUGGGUUUGAAUAUCUGCAGAUAAAAGUGUGGCUAUCCAAUUAGAAGUACCCAGAUCCCUAAUCAAUAAUAAAAAUAAUAGAAAAGUAUUUACAGCAUUUGGAUUCCAUAUUGAAUUUGUGAUGCUGGAAAAAUAAAUGGAUUCUUACACAAUACUGGAUGGUUGUAACUAAAUAAAUGACCAUUGAGUCUCUGUUUUAUGAACAUUUGAAUGUUAUAAUGGCUCUACUAGAUGGAUGUAAAUUAAAUAUAUAGACACUUGUCUUUAAACAGUCAUCUUCUGUGGUUGACAUCAGUGGGAAAUCGUAAGUUACAUAAACUGUGAAUUCACAGACAGUGGUGAGGGGAUUGGAAAUGUAUUGGCCUGGUUAAGACAAAGUCCAUAUUGGAAAUAUUGAGGACAUCAUAGAUUGCUCAGAAAAAAGGUAGAUUGAAAAUGAAAGCAUAUUUUGAUAUACAACAUUAUUCCAAAAUUAAAAUAAUCCUACAUAUGCAAAAAAGAUUUGAAUGGCAGAUUUUUCCCAUUAAGGGGGGCUCAUUGGCUUGGGCAGUGUAAUAUGAGCGAGGUUCUUACAGUUCUAAAAUAUAAACCUAUGUAUACUUCACAAUAUAAAUAAAGGUAAUAAGCAUAUGUUGUGUUGGUAAAUUUACAUUCUGAAGACGUGAUUCUCACACAGCCCCUUGAAGGCAGAUGCUCUAUAAUGUUUGUUUGUAACACGUUUUAGUGAGGGUUACCCCCUAGAAGGCUGUCCCUGACACACAUUAAUACUAGUCUCCCUUCGGGGUACUAGUUUUUUCUUGUUUUUGCUCUAUAAUGUAACCUUAACUUAAUCACUAGAGAUGUCGCAAACCGUUCGCGAACUUCCCGGCGAGCUCCGGUCAGCUGACACAUCCCGGCAAAUCUCCAGCAGACCCUCCCUCCCAGACCCUCCCACCUCCUGGACAGCAUACAUGUUGAAGCUGCCUUCAACAUGGAUGCUGUCCAGGAGGUGGGAGGGUCUGCUGGAGAUUGGCCAGGAUGUGUCAGCUGACCGGAGCUCGCCACGAACCGCGGCGAGCCGUUCGCGGGAAGUUCACGAACGGUUCGCGACAUCUCUAUUAAUCACAGAUAUAUUAACCAGGAUAGGUCUGGAAUAAUUUGUGUUGUGAUAUGUUAACCAAAGGUUUCUAAAUUAUAGGAUAAAGCAGGAUAAAGCAGACCUUCUUGGUGUUAUUAUUUAUUUUAUUAUUAUUAUUAUAUGUAAUAUUUUAAAGUGCACACAUAUUCUGCUUUACUUUAUAAUCGAUAGAUAAUAAAGAAAUUAUAACAAGAUGAGCGAAACAAACAGGAACACAAGAUUUUGGGUUCCCUAUGUCCUAUAGAUCAUUUGCCAUAUAUAUAUGAAACCAGGGGGUUGUACUCACUUGAACAUGCAUAAAUGGGGUGCUGCUGGGGGCCAAUUUAUACAAUACACAAUAUCCAGCACACUCACUUAUCUACUAAAGAGCAACAGCAACAGAUCUUAUGAUAUAUAUAUAUAUAUAUAUAUAUAUAUAUAUAUAAACUAACAAUAAUCUGUCUAACCAGUAGAAAUUCCUAUAUUACUGUAAUUUCUAGGUCGUGUCCUGUGAAAACACAAAUCAGUCCUUGAUUUUAACAAUGACAUUUCCUAUAAUUUAUGUGUUUUUGCUCAAAGCCUAUCAUAGAAAUAAUGAAAUUGCUUCAUUUUUCUAAGUACAUUUUUAGGAACGAGUUGUCUACUGCAUUCUUAGUGGUAUAAAGCCAUUGAGAGUCAAGUCAUUGUCCACACCGUGAUGACAUUACACCUCUUUCCAUUCUAUUUUUAAUUUUCAGCAAGGGAAAAGAGAAGCACUGGAGGCAUGUGUCUAUUACAGACCAAGGUUGUCCUCUGUAAGACAGUGUCCCGCAGAAGGAGCACGAUUCACAUAUCAUUUCUAUCUUGGUUUCAUCUCUAGAUCAUUAUUAUUAAGACUUGCAUCUAGAAAAUAGUAAUAGCUGGUCAGCCAGUCCACCAAACCCUAUCGUCUUCCUUACCAUCUGUCAACAAAAAAAUAGAACAUUACAGUAGUGCAUUUUUACAUGACAGCACCAGGCUUUAUGGUCAAACAGAGGACUAGUCUCUCUGUGACCGUUACUGAAAGGUUUGUCAGUGAAUUGGUUAUGCAAAUACAUGAUUUUACAACGUGCAACUAUCAUCAGUUUAAGUUCCAUCUUGGCAUUUUUAAAUAUUUCCUAGAGCUAUAGUGUAUAAUUUUCUCCUUUAAACAAAUGUAACCUGUUUAUUAAGCUAAGCAGAGUAUUCUUUAUCAAUCUAGGUUACAGGCAGAAGGUAUAUGAGACGGCAGUAAACAUAUAGUGAAAGAAUUGUGUUUAAAUAGAUCAUGAUAGCACAGGCUGAGCUUAACAGUUUGGAUGCCUAUAUUUCCCUUUCUUAUGUACUUUGGCAGAAAGAUUUCAACAUUUUACGGUGAUUGUCAAUCAAAGGUUCAUGUCUUUACUUGUCUUUUCAACACUUUCCAAAACUUUUGCAAACCGUGCACUUAAUUUGUGUGUUUUUUUCCAUACAGAAAUAGUUCCCAGAGACCUGCGGAUGAAAGAAAAGUUUUUAAAACAUUUAACAGGUAAUAGUCCUGACUGUUUGUUGUUUUUCUAAAAUGUUGAUAUAUAUAUUUUUUUUUUAAUCAAACUUUUAUGUUUUUUUUGUUGGUUCAGGUCGACUGUCUUUCCCUAGUCCGAACUGCAAUAAACUCUUUCGCAGACUAUACAAUACUACAAGAGACUGCACCAUUCCUACACGUAUGUAUGUUUAAGACAUUCAUUCAAAACUGAAAAAAAAUAUAUAUAUAUACAUAUAUAUAAUUUUAUUUAUGUUUAUUUAUAUUUUAUAUAUGUGGUGGUGUUUCAUUAUUAAAGUGCAGAUUUUUGAUUGUAUAUCAUAAUUAUAUAAGUUCUCACCUUAAUUAUUUGGUCAAUGGCUCCUGUAGCUAAUUUUAGGUCAUUUGAUAAUACAUUGAUUUAAUGCGGCUGAGAUAGAUUGUAAUAUCUUGGUAAGUUUAAAGGUCUUGCUAAAUCAAAUUUAAGAUAAGUUAAUCAAUAGGCUGGCUGGUUUCCAUGUGGAGUGGAGUCUUGGAACUUCAAAGGAUUUCUGGCAAGGGCUUUGCAGAGCAUCCACUCUUUCCUACCCCUUUUGGAAGAUCUUUUUAGUGGUUUACUAAGGUAGCAGAAUACAAUUGUAUCAUCAUAUUUUGGUCCUUGUCUUAAUGAGGUGGAUAUCUUGACUAUGAUAUUAUAUCCUGGUGCUGUGUUUCAAUAAGCUGUUUAACGCCAAUGAGUUCUGAUCCUACUCAGAACACAGAAAUCUAUUCCUUACUGAUAUCCACUGGGUAAAAAAACCUAGCUGACAUUGAACAUCUAGAAAGGGGACUGGAUUUUCCUUUUCCCAAUACUAUGGAUACCCUUGUACAUAGUUUAUAUCCAUCAGAGUACUGAAUGUUGGCUAUUCUUGCAAAAGUUCUAAUGAAAACCCAGGUCAACAAACAUGGUUGGACUAUGAAAUCUGUAAGAUCUGUGCAAUUGAGUGAUCCAUUGACUACGACAUAUUAAGCAGUAAGAAGACUGUGCCUGGAAUAUUUACAAUUGCUCAUGCAGUUCUCGCAUACUUUACACACCAUUUUUUCCAUAUUUAUCUUUUUAGGUCAGGAAAGUUGAAUAGAUCCUGUCAUGUUCCAAGUGACAGAAUUAGACAGCAAGAGGCCCAUGCAUGGAUAUUAGCAUUUACUUAUCCAGUUCAUUCCUUGCACAUAUUCCCUAUUUACAUAGAGUUUUGCAAUAUUUACUUUUGUUAGGUCAGAGACAUUUAAUAAAGACUCUCUUCUUUUGUACCUUCACUGUGGCCCCGAUGAGUGAUAGAAGGCAGCAGACAUACACUGAUCAGCCACAACAGUUAAACCACCUGCCUAAUAUUGUGUAGGUUCCCUAUGUGCUGCCAAAACAGCAGUGAUGCGUUGAGACAUAGACUCCACAAGGUGGUAUCUGGCAUCAAGGUAUUAGAAGCAGAUCCAAGUCCUACAAGUUACAAGGUGGGGCCUCCAUUGGUCGGAUUUGUUGUUCUAAUAAGAUUGAGAUCUGUUGAAUUUAGAUGACAAGGCAACAUCUUGAACUCUUUGUCAUGUUUUCUCUUACCCAUUAUUCCUGCUUCCAACACAUGAUAUCCAAGAACUGACUGUUCACUUUCUGCCUAAUAUACCCCACCCAUUGACAGAUGUCAAGGUAAUGAUAUAAUCAUUAUAAUGGCAUUGUUAUUCACUUCAGUUGUCAGUGGUUUUAAUUUUGUGGCUGAUCAAGUAAAGUCAAAUCCAUGCAGAAAAGGUAAAGGAUCUGGUGCCUAACCUAGAACAUGCAUUUCUCAAUUUUGGUGCAAAAUUAAGGACUUAAAAUUAUACAAAAUGUAUUUUACAGGAAUAGCACAAACACAAAAAAGUGAAUAUACCAUUUCAAAAGUUAAUGAUCCUAUUAUUAUGGCAACGGAUAUUCCACUGCCAGGUUAUUUGCAAGGAACGCAUGCAAGAGAUACAGUCAUCUUGUCCCCCAUCCACAAUUCCAUAUUGAAAAAUAUUUGUAGCUAUUUUGCUUCAUGUGUUUUUGCAUGUUCAUGUUGUUACCCUAUUUAUAUAUGUAUAACCUUCCUACAUUUGACCCAAAUUAACUGUUAAGACGGUAUUGCGUGCAUGAUCACACAUUCUGUACUCUACUCAUGUGUGAACAUGAUACUCAGAAAAUGAUUGAAUGGGUAUUACCGAGUUCCCUGGGAAAUGUAUACAUAUACUGAAUAUUUAAAGUUUGGAUCCUGUAAUAUGAUUUACAUGACGGUUUACCCAGAAUAUUUUACAUUUAAAGUGUUUAUGAGUAAGUUGCUUCUCUGGUCCGGGCACAGACAGAACAGUGGUGUCAUUUCAGAAUACUAGGGAAUGAAUGAGCAAAUAAACAUUAGACAGACCAACAAACAGAAACAGAUAUUUAUUCCAAAUUGCAUUGUUUCAAAUCAUGUGAAUGGCUGAACCAUUUUUCUUUUUUCAAAAAUAAAAAUUUUGGGGGGCCAGCCUUAUUUCAGCCAUAUGUCAGUUCGGUUUGGCAGAAAACUGAUUUUGGGAAAUGCUCCUCCUGUUUUUCCAUGUAUUGAUAACUUUUUCUCACUUAACCCAAAAGGGCGUAAAAAAUAGGCCAAUCAGAGUACUGCAAAAUAAAUACAGGAAGUAAAUAUUAUGUCUAUAUUUUGGAGUACACUGAUGGUCAGGGCCAGAUAAAGAGCUCAGUGGGCCUGGUGCUGACAUUUAUGAUGGGCCUAAUUACCAAUGCUUAUCGACCAAAAACACUAAACAGUCUUACCUCCCAAGCAUCAUGUAUCUGAUGGAGAUAGUGCUGGAGGGAAACUCAUAGGAUGCAGCUAUGAGAAAACACAUACCUUAUGCUAAUCUCACGCUUUCACCUUUCAAAUAAAUCCAUACUCCCUAACAGCAGUGUCCAGUGAAGCAGGAAGUCUAUGGACAGAGUAAAAAGGGUGGGCCACUGAUGCAAAUCACUUAACCAGAGCUGCCGAUAGGGGCGAACAUUCUGGAACAGAGAAAAGGUGUAUGUAGUGAGUGUAGAAGAAAGGGAACAUGCCAACGUGUAAGUGAGACCAAAGUCAGCAUUACCUAAACUAAUUUAAUUGUCAGCCAGUUCACACAAGUUUUGUUCCUCUACAUCCCUCUUAAGUUUCCAUACUUAGAGUAUGUGAAAAGUAAUUAGGGUUGCCACCUUUCUUGAAAAAUAAAUGCCGGCCUUACGAAUUUGCCUAAAUUUUUUUUUGUAUGCAUGACAUCACAUGAUGUAAAUCACAAGGAGAGACAUAAGAGAUAAUUCUGUAAAAUCACCCAAAAAACUAUAUAGAGUUUGAUUCUACUGUAUAUAUGGAUUGCUCCCAGUGUCUCCCUGUCUGUCUCCAAUGUCAUCCAGUGUCCCAGUGUGCCUAUGUAUCAGUGUCUCCUAGUGUCCCCAUGUCGCCCAGUGUUGCCUAGUCUCACAGUCUCUCAGUGUCCCUAUGUCUCUCACCAUCCCCAUGUCUCACAGUUUCCCCUAGUGUCUCAGUGUCCCCAAGUGUCCCUAUGUCUCCUAGUGUCCCCUAGUGUCUCCCAGUGUCUUAGUGUCCCCAUGCCUCACAGUGUCCCAUAGUGUCUCAGUGUCUCAGUGUCCCAAGGUCUCCCAGUGCCCCCUAGCCUCUCAGUGUCCCCAAGUGUCCCUAUGUCUCCCAGUGUUCCGUAGUGUCCCAGUGUCCCCAUGUCUCACAGUGUCCCUAUGUCUUACAGUGUCCCCUAGUGUCUCAGUGUCCCCAGGUCUCCCAGUGCCCCCUAGUGUCUCCUAGUGUGCCCCACAACCCUUUUUUUUUUUUAAUCAAUGGGUCUAUUCCAUGGGCAUGGGCCUGGAGCUGCAGUUCCAUCAGCACCUAUUUUAAUCCGGCCCUGCUGAUGGUAGCAUUUCCCUGCUAUUCGGUUCACUGACCAAGUGAGAAAAUGUCAUUAAUAAAAGGAAAAACAGGAGGAGCAGAUAUAUCUAUUAAAUAUAUAAAUAUAGAUUUUUUAUUAUUAAUCCUUUUUUUUUUCCCUCUGUUGUUUACUUCUCAAUUAAUCUAUGAGUAAAAACAACAUUUAGUGACUGUCCAUAGUCAUUGAUCAUCUUUUUUCCAUCAAGCAUCUCAUUUUUGGUGCCCUCCAAAGUCUCCCUCCCCCUCCCUGCCCCCCCACCCCCCCUGCCAAUGUGGUCUGUUUACCCAGGAUUGGUUUUAUUUGUUUUUUCAUAAUCUGCUGGUCAUAAUCGGUUUAGAUUCAUCAAUUUCUACCAUGGUACCCUCUUCCUAGGCCCUUAACAUCAUUGUUGAUUGAAUGCUCAUGUGGACUUCCCUAAACACUGCCCCAGUCAUAGGACCUAAGGAGGACUGCAAUGCUCUUGUGCAUCUCUAUCAUGAUCCUGCAAGACUCGACACUGUAGGAGAUAAGUAAUGCGCUUGACAUCCAAUAACAGAGUUAAAAAUGACAUGGAACCUACAAAUGUGGCAUAUCUAUAACGUAUCGCAAUGCUGAAAAACACUAAUAAAACACUUGUUGAAAAGAAAAAUGACAUGGAGUUUGACUGAAGCUCCACAUUUUGCGAUAUGCCAUUUAUUCAUAAGGAAAAGUAGCUCCAGUUUUUCCUUGUCUAUAACUUUGCAUGGAAUCAUUUUUUUUAACAAAUAAAUACAAAAACAAAAACAAAACUGAGCUGCCAGGGGACAAGAAGCAAAAUGGUACAGUUUGAAAAAAAUCAAACCAGUAGUUCACAUUAUUUCAUAGCUUUUUGGACCAUGAACUGCACCUUCUAUUUUACCAGCUGGUGUGAUCAGAUGUUAUCAGUUAUCAAAAAAGUUAAUUCACUGUACCUGCCUUAGCAAUGAAUGGGCAUACUGCCUCGAGGUCUUACUAGCCAUUUUUAAAUGAGAAAGGGGCAAACAUUAGCACCAGAACAAUCUAUUUUUACUUUAACUAACACGACAUUCACACAGCACAUAAAUCACUUUAUAUCCGUUAAAUCAUUUUAACGUUGCUUUUUCCAUAGCUGUUCAUUACCCGAUAACUUCUGGAGUAUCUUCCCAUGAUGUACGCCCUUUAAGAUCAUUUUAUAAACAUCAUGAUCAUUUAAUUGAUCUUGCCAUCAAGAUAAUCGCACACAAGACUAUUACUGAUAAAAAUCAGCUCUGGACACAAUUAAGGUUUUCUGAUUAUGCUGUAAAACCUUUCAACUUGGCUUGACUAGACUAGCCCACUUUGAAUCUAACAGACAUUGUAUAUAGAUUUUUGAAGUUUAGAAAGCCAUGUCUAAUGACAGGAAAUUACUUGUUUAUAACACACAUUUGUAAGCUUUAGUAACACAGCUCACUGUUUCAGGGUAUGUGUUAAAUAACAGAAUCCAAUAGAGAUAAUAUUUCCAAAAUUUUGAUAAAGAUAGUUAAAGAUGCUGGCAAAGACAAAAUGGUAUACUUUUUUAUUUUUUUUAUUUUUUUAAUUAAAGUAAACUUUAAAAAAAUAUCCUGUUUAUUUUACAAAGACAUUGGUCAGUUUCUAAAAUUGGAUAUUUAUUUUUCUUUUAUUUAUAGUUACUAGGGUAUAAAUGAGACUGUCAUUAAUACUGAAGUAUGUGUGUGAACCAGUAGUUUGAAAUAAAGGUUGUAUUAAUCAAAGACCUGGCAUGUUGCCCUAGGAGCUACAUAGCAUGGGAAGUAUUUUUUUCUUUGACCUAUUCUUAAACUAGGCAAAUUAUACCCCAUAUGAAACCAUAUGAAACCUGUAUAAACUAAUCGGAACUAUCAGCUGAGGCCCCUAGCCAAUGUGCUAGCUUAGGACAGCUAACUGAUCUUUAUGGCAGUACCGCUACUUAUAAAUGCAUGUUCCAGGUGUGCCCCCAGUCCCCCAUUUUAUUAAUUAGUUGUAUAUAUUAACAAACUGGUAUGUACUAAGCUACUAUGACGGAAUAAGAAAAUAACAUUUUAUUGGCAUGAACAAUGUGGGAGGAAAGGUCUAGUCUAGAGAAUAAUAAAAAGAUAUUAAUAAAUAAAAGCGUUAGGUUCCUGCAGGACCUGGCCAACAUAGGCCCAGACUGUGAGUCGUUCACAAUCAACAUUAUCCAUAAACAAAAUAAUAUUCAUUAAUCAAUAGGCAAUAUCUCUCUCUUUUUAGAGAGAGAAGGUAAUUGCCCUACUGAUUAAUAGUAAUCCACUUUCAGACUCUUUUUAUUGCUAUUGAGAAGAUACCGUUGCCUGGAGUUAAAGGACCUUCAAUGAGCAUAAUAACAUAUGCUCUAAUUGUAAUUAUCUAAUUCUUACAUGAUGUCCUCUGCCACUUACAUUAAGUCACUAUUACUAUUAACCUAGGUCAUGCAAUUGUUUCAUUAAUCUCUCAGAAGUGCCAAAUCCUCUAGAAUUCAAACCUUUAGGUCACACGUCUAUUUCUACAACAGACACAUUGACCCACUGAGCUAAUUUACCAGUUCUCUCAUUUAGCAUAAAAUUAUACUCCCACUAAUUACAAUAUGUUUCAAUACUACAUUAGUAUUGUAUACAUUGUAUCUCAUAUUCAAAAAAGUAUUGUUUAACAGCUACACCCUCUAAGGACUUUUUUUGGUUUACAAAAUGUUGUUCAAUAGUUUGGUUUAAACUGUACCUGAUCAUAUGUGUGGGUUAUUACCAUGUUUAACGUACUUGUUGGCUUAUGGUCUUGAUUUGAGCUCUAUGGUUGGAAUAUUGCAUAAUUAUUCAGUGAUGGAAUAAAGGUUACUAGAGAUCCAGAAAGCAUUAAAUGUCAUAUGUUUCCAUAUACACUGAGAGAGACAAGUUUGCUCAAAGUCAUGAUUUGAUAUUCUGAAUUAUGUCUUCUGCCACCAGACUAGUUAAAGGACCACUAUAGACACCCAGACCACUUCAGCUUAAUGAAGUGGUCUGGGUGCCUAGUCCAGCUAGGGUUAACCCUUUUUUUUUUAUAAACAUAUCAGUUUCAGAGAAACUGCUAUGUUUAUAAAUAGGUUAAUCCAACCUCUAAAUCCUCUAGUGGCUGUCUCAUUGACAGCCGCUAGAGGCGUUUGCGUGCUUCUCACUGUGAAAAUCAGUUAUAAAUGCUUUCCUAUGAGACUGGCUGAAUGCGCACGCAGCUCCUGCCGCGCAUGCGCAUUCAGCCGAAGAGGAGGAUCGGAGGCGGAGAGGAGGAAGAGAGCUCCCCGCCCAGUGCUGGAGAAAGGUAAGAUUUUAACCCCUUCCUCUCCCCAGAGCCCGGCAGGAGGGGGUCCCUGAGGGUGAGGGCACCCUCAGGGCACUAUAGUGCCAGGAAAACGAGUAAGUUUUCCUGGCACUAUAGUGGUCCUUUAAAUCUGCUCCUUGACAUUAUUUACUACGUACAAAAAAAUAAUACGCAUCUGAAACAGAGUUAAUAUUAAAGGAUACUUAGGGAGAUUCAAUAUAAAUAAUUGAGAUGAGAUAACACAUACGUAUAUGAAAUAUCAGCAGUACAAUAGAAGCUUUAAUAAUUAUCUCGUUCAGUUUGUGGUUUAUUUAUGUUAUUGCUAAUUUGUGAUUCUUAAUUAUGAAAACCGGUAUGUUGUGUUUGGCACAUUUGAAUGGAAACAAAAGCUAAAACACAAGUUCCUUUCAUUUAAUAUUUGGUAACAUUCAUAUGAAUGUGUUUCUGAAAUGUAAAAAUUAAACACUUUUAUAUUUAAUAUUAUAAACAGUAUCGGUGAAGUCAUAUUCUGCUGUAUAUUGCAGUUUGAGUGGCUUACGAUAGGACAUAGGUCAUAUAGAAUUACUGGCCAUUCAUUUAAUGAGCACGCUACACCGCUCCAAAGAGUCUGUUUGUGCAUUCCACCCCUUGUUUAUAUAAAAAAUGUGCUUUUACUAUUAGUACUAUCUGUAAGUUAACUGGACAGUCAUGCAUUUUUUGUUGUUGUUGUUUUGGCUCUAUACUCAAGCACAUUGGAGUUGCACGCUGUCGGUUUUAAUUUCAGGGUAUCUACAUCAACUCUAAAUGAAUAUCAACAACAGUCUCUUUUUUAAUAAAUACUAUAUUUACAAUUAUUUCAGGGGGCCAGAAAUAAUUAAAUAGUUGGUUUCCCACCUCUUUCUUAGUUUAAAAUGCUGGAUUGCAUCUAGAUGCGAUUCUAUGUGUGGUAUGUGUAUUCCGAAUCCGUUUCUGUUUUAUUUCAUCAAGAGAAGUAAAUAAGUGUCAAUGCCAUGAAAGGAGACAUGCUGACAAUUCUGAAUACAUAGCCAAAUAUUAGGUAUGUCAAAAUCAUUUGUGCUGCACAUUGUAAGUGAGCGUGAAUGAUCUUGUGAGCUCAGCUGCAGCAAUCAAUCUUAUAGCACAACAGUGGGCUAAGAAAUCAAGGUUACAGUCAUGUUAGAAGAACUCAUAUUCACCUCUUUAAUAAAUCACAAAUAAACACUAUGUAAAUACUCGCUCUUUCAUUUAACGGGUUACUCCAAGCAUCAUAACAAUACAGCCCAGUGUAUGGUUAUGAGCCCUGGUGCUGUUCCCUGUUUUUUGGGCAAACCGUUGGUUUUCCCUCUUACCUGGUUCCUGGACACUGAGCCUCCUAGUUUGUCAGGUGAUGUGCAUGAGCUGCAGAAUUCUGAUGCUAGUCUCACCUGUCAUUCAUUGGCUGAGAGCAUCAGCUAAACACUUUUAGCCAAUGAAUGACAAGCAGAAAUUGACGUUAGCUAGCCUGAAUUGACACCCUAAUGAUGCAUCAGAGGUGGAGUUACACUAAUGGCAGCAAUAUAAAAUGUCCCUGUAUGUGUAGCGUUUCAAAGUGAAACACUGCAUAUUUAGACUCCAAGCACUAUCAACACUUCAAACACUGAUGUUGUUAUGGUGCUUGGAAUAACCCUUUAACAAUAACCAGGUGGAAGAACAAAGGAUGGUGUAUGAAAGGAAUUACCCAUCAUCCAAAGCAUACACUGUCUGAAGUGGUUUUAUGGUUUUGGCAUGUAUGUAGAAUUUUACAGCUCUGAUAUUUGGUCAUUUUACCACAAAUUACUAAAAUGAAGCCUGCAUUGUUUUGGUUUUCUGUGAAAUUGCAUAAUAUUUCAGGCAGUGUUUGAUUUGGAUUUUUCAAAGUAAUUUUUCAUUAAACAUGUUAUUAAGAGUAUGAAAAAGACAAGUCAGUUUUAUGAGUCAUAUCAUGCAUAUUUUGUGUCAUGCCCUCAACAAAAGAUAGAGCAUUGUUCAGCCUGUCUAUUGGUCUAGACUGAAUAAAAUAUUUUUUAAAGAGUUACUCCAACCACCAUGACCACUUCUGCUUUUUGACGUGAUCAUGGUGGUAGGAGUCUGGUUGUACAGUGUUUCUCCUUAAAACGCUGCACAUCCAAAGAUAUUUGUAAUUGUGUGCAGGGGUCAAGUUGCACCCCCAGCACACAUGACAUUGGCAAUCCAGAUCUCUGUUCCGGGAUGCCUAAUUUCAAUUCUGUGCAUAAUUUACAUCUGUCAUAAAUUAAGCACAAUAUACCAAUACAAAGUAGGCAUGUGCACUGCUUUUGCACUUUUUAUACUUGGAGCUGGAUGGCCAUCAUUGUACUAGCUGGAGCGAAUAAGGCAUUGUUAGCCAAUUUUGACAAUUUGAAAGUUUGGAGGCAUGCAUAUCUGUAUUAAUCACAAUGAUGUCAGAACCAGAAUUUCCUAAAGUUGUAUUAACUAGGGUAUUAUCUUCUGGUCUCAGUAAAUGUCUAUAUUUUAUUUUGGCAGAUUAUAAAAGGUGUGCAAGACUUCUAAGUAGGUUGGCGGUUAAUCCCUCGUGCAUGGAUGGAUAACACAUUGACAAGGUGAGAAUUACGUUUCUUAUUUCCCCUAAAUAUUAGUGAGGUUUAUGUAAAAAAGAGCGAGCCUUGCAUUUCUAUGAAGAGUCUGGGUUCUUUAAAGUCUCAUUUCAUGUACAUCUCUAAGCAAAUCUACAAUGUGAUACACAAUAUUUGUAACAGGUAAGCAAAAGAAUAAAUGGAAAGAUUAAGUGUAACACAGAGAUAAACUGUCCCCAAACAAACAGUUACAUAGUUGCAUAGGCUGAAAAGAGACAUGUGUCCAUCUAAUUCAGCCUUCCUCUCACAUUAGUUUUUUGCUGUUGAUCCAAAAGAAGGCAAAAAAAAAAAACAGUUUGAAGCACUUCCAAUAUUGCAACAAACUAGGAAAUAAAUUCAUUCUUGACCUUAGACAGUCAGAUUUAUCCUUCAAUAAAAAUUUUUUAGAGGCAAUGGAAUUCACUGUGCUAGUAAAAACUAGAAACAUUUUUUCCUCUUGCUAUUUUAUGUUUAUUAAAAGUGGCCAUUCAUGGGUGGAUUUGUUGUUUCCGCACCUUCCCCUAGUUACAAGUGGGUGCAGGGAGCCCCAUUUCAGAUUUCAAUCUGCUUGCAAUGUAUGGGGUGGGAUUGAGGUCUCUAAUCCAAGAAUGCAAUUUUAAAUAGUUAAACCACCUAUCAACAGACCUAUUGGUGUUCAGAUGGUUGUAUCUUGGGAUGUAUCAUACAUAAUAGUAAAACCAAUACAUUUAUAAAGAAAUACAAAAGUGCUGUAGAUAUUGGAAAUACAUCCUCCCUAAAAUGGACUAGGCUGAGGUAAUCACAAAUAAAUAAAAAUGAAUCAAAAAACGGCCUUGGUUUAUUUUUGGAUAGGCUUUCAAAAUAAUUUAAUAUUUUUGGAUAAAAUAUUGAAAUAUCAAAAACAAAUAUAUUAAUAUAUCUCAAAAAUCUAAAUAUUGAUUUUGUUUUUCAAAAUGCUAAAAAAAAAAAAUGUAAACGCUUAUCUAAAAAUAUUAGAUAAUUUGAAAAGCUUAUCCAGAAAUAUUAAAUUUAGGUCAAUGUUUCUAGGCUUUUCUCCACUCUACCUUCUCUCUACUUUCUUAGUAUGCACUGGUCACCUGACUUGUUCCCUGAUGGUACAUGUUUCUUUAUUGACUGGAAACGCGUCUGCAGCUAUGUUUAUGCUUGACCUGACAUUUAUGUACUGGUGAUUUGUCUCCAUUUAUUAUCUGUACACCUUGCUGUAUACUAUUUUCUAAUAAUUUGUAUUGACAAAUGAUUUAAAAUAUUUUACAAGAAACAUUAAAAAAAGAAAAACAAAAGGGGGGAUAUUGACAUAUACUUUAUUAAUAUAUAUAUAUAUAUAUAUAUAUAUAUAUAUAUAUAUAUAUAUAUAUAUAUAUAAUCAAUCAAUAAAGGAGCACUCCAAGGGAUUUUGAAAAAAUAUUUAUAAUCCUGUGUUAAAAAAUCAAUACAUCAACGUUUCGACCCAAUAGGGUCUUUAUCAAGAUCUUAUCAUCUUGAUAAAGACCCUAUUGGGUCGAAACGUUGAUGUAUUGAUUUUUUAACAAUGGAUUAUAAAUAUUUUUUCAAAAUCCUUCGGUGUGCUCCUUUAUUGAUUGGAUAUACUGAGUGGCUUGGAAGCACCCGGGUAAUUUCUUUAUUAAUUGUUUUGAUCAAAGGAAGAGUGCCAGAGUUUGCUUUUGUAUGUAUAUAUAUAUAUAUAUAUAUAUAUAUAUAUAUUACUGGUUUGCUAUAUUUAUGUAUAUAUAUAUAUAUAUAUAUAUAUAUAUAUAUAAAACGAGUUACCAACCUCAUGCUGAUGAUUUGCAUUAACAAUGAAACAGCUGUCCAUGAGUGGUUCACUGGCUUUGCAUCUUUUCCUAAGUUGUGUUUCAAAGCUGUUGUGUAGAACAAACACAGACCCAAAGGAAUCCAUGUUUAAAAUGGAACGAGGGAAAAAUGUGAUUCUUUGUUAAACUCAUUUGCAUAUGCCCACCCAGAAUCCUUUGUGGUAGUAACAUCACUGCAAAUUUGUGAUUUCUGCGGGAAAAUCAAGUCUUAUGGCUUGACUGGUGUGCAGAUUUUUGUAUUGUUCUAACUAUAUAUAUAAUCAAAUUUAUCUAGUUAAGAUAAUACACAUAUCUUGCACUCCAUGUUCUAUAAAGGUACUUGCCCGGUGCUCGUCAGGUACAAUGUACAAAAAAGUAAUCCAGAUAGCACUCUCAGGUCUUGUAAAAUAAAACUUAGCUUUUAAUUAGCUUGUCAUAAAAAAAUCAACGUUUCAGUUUGUUAUCCACAAACUUUCAUCAGGACUCGAUGAAAACUAAAAACUAAAAUGCUGAUUUGUUUUAAUAACAAGCUCAUUAAAAGCUGUUUUAUUAUACUAAGACCUGAGAGUGCUAUCUGGAUUACUUUAUAUAUUUUUUAUCUAUCUGGAGUUCUAUCUGGAUUACUUUAUAUACUUAAUUUUUUGUCAGCAUAAUAUAACCAAGUAGCAUAGAGAUAACACUCCCAGGACUCCAAAGUUAUUAAAAAUAAAACUUAACUUUUAUUUUCUUCAAUUAAGAGAUCAACAUUUCAGUUUGUAACAACAUUUCAGUUUGUAACAAACUGAAAAGUUGAUCUCUUAAUUGAAGAAUUUUUUUUUUUUUUAAUACCUUUGGAGUCCUGGGAGUGCUAUCUCUAUGCUACUUGGUUUUUUAUAUAUAUAUAUUGGAAAAAAAUAAAUUGAGCCCAAUAUGAGAAUGUAGGGUUAAAGUUAGUAGAACUUCCAAUUCUUGUAUAUUAGAAUAUUGCAUCUUCUGGAGGCCAUAUCUUCAGAGAGACAGACAGGGGGAAAGUCAAAGACAGACUUCUAAAGUGCUAUAAAGUCUGCUAAUAAAAACAAUUAAAAGUAAACUGAAAGUAAUCAAUAUGUAUAAAGCCUGUAGCCACGACAGGAUAGGUGUCACAUGAUUUCCAAAAAAAACUAAACAUUUUUUUAAGUAGUUAAUAAAGUUUACAAAAUUGACUUGACUAGUAAAAAUAGGUUUUUUAAAAUCUAAAAGGUUAUCUGGAAAUAAAGGAAGGAAAAUUUCAGUGUACCACCUAGAAUUAUUUUUUUUACGAAGGGAUUUAUAGUAGUAUUGUGCAACACUUAGACAGUGGUGACAGUGGUGGAUCCAGAGCCUGAUCUCGGGAGGGGCCCUUGUAGAUUAUUUAAAUAAAUAAUCCAGACACAAUAACCACUACAGCUCAGUGUAGUGGUUAUGGUGUCAAUAGUGCCGGGACCCCCUCCCAGAGUAAGUACCGUAUUUAUCGGCGUAUAACACGCACCUCAUUUUAAGAAGGAAAUUUAAAAAAAAACAAACUUAAAUUUCAAAUAAAGAACUUCUUACCCCCUUCUUACUCCCCCCUCCCCCUCUUCUUACCCCCUCCCCCUCUUCUUACUCCCCCUCCCUCUUCUUACCCCCCUCUCUUACUCCCCCCUCCCCUCUUCUUCGCCUCCUCACUUGCCCCCAUGCCACUCCCCCCUCCCCCUCUUCUUACCCCCCUUUCUUACCCCUCCCCCUCUUCUUACCCCCUCCCCUCUUCUUGCCCCCCUUUCUUACUCCCCCUCCCCCCUCUUCUUGCCCUCUCACCUUCUUGCUCCCCCUCCCCUCUUCUUACCCCCCUCCCUCUCUAUUUGCACCCCCUUCUUACCCCUCCCCCCCUCUUCUUACCCCCACUCUCUUUUUACCCCCACUUUACCCUCCCCCCCAGUAGCGCGGGUCGUGAAGCUGCUCUGCUGUCCGCGGUGCCCAGCCGGAGUGAUAGGAAGGUGCACGCUCAGUGUGCACCUUCCUGUCAGUCCGACCGGGUACAGGAAACAGAAACUCCUGUUCCGCGCGGAACAGGAGUUUCUGUUUCCUGUACCCGGUCGGACUGACAGGAAGGUGCACACUGAGCGUGCACCUUCCUAUCACUCCGGCCGGGCACCGCGGACAGCAGAGCAGCUCGGCCACGCUACAGGGGAGGGGAGGUGAGAACCAACUGCAGCCGCCUGACCGCUCUUGACAGAGCGCUCAGGCGGCUGCAGCAUUUAAAGGUCUGGCGUAUAACACGCACCCAUAAUUUGCCCCCUAUUUUCAGGGAGAAAAAGUGCGUGUUAUACGCCGAUAAAUACGGUAGUCAAACCGUUUAAGAACAGUUUGACAACUUACCUGAGGUCUGCUGGAAAAUGGGGCUGUAGUAGGGCAUAGUAGCAGUGGUGUGUGUGAGUGGUGCAAUGUGUAAGGGGUGCAGUGUGUGUGUGAGGGGGACAGUGUGUGAGCAGUGUGUGUGUUUGAAGGUUGUAGUGUGUAAGUGAGGGCGGCAGUGUAUGUGUGGGACAGUAUGUGUGUGUAACAGUUGCAGUGUGUGUGUGUGAGUAUUGCAGUGUAUGUGUGAGUGUGGGCAAUGUGUGUGUAUGGGGUGGCAGUGUGUGUGUAUGGUGGGCAGUGUGUGUUUAUGGGGGAGCAGUAUGUGUGUAUGGGGGAGCAGUAUGUGUGUAUGGGGGGCAGUGUGUGUGUAUGGGGCCAGUGUGGGGGCAGUGUGUGUGUAUGGGGCAGUGUGUGUGUGUGUAUGGGGGCAGUGUGUGUGUAUGGGGGGCAGUAUGUGUGUAUGGGGGGCAGUAUGGGGGGCAGUGUGUGUGUGUAUGGGGGGCAGUGUAUGUGUGUAGAGUGUAUGUGAUAAGGGUAGUGGGGCUUUUUUUUUAAAUAAUAUAUAUAUUUUUAUUUAUUUAAUUAAAAUAAAUAUUUAUGUCCCCCCUCCCUUCUUACCUUUACUGGUGGUCCGGUGGUGAAUCCCUGGUGGUCCCAGUGGGGAGAGUGAACUCUAGCCCGCGCUCCAGGGCUAGAGUUCAUGGUCCCAGUGGGGAGAGUGAACUCUAGCCCGCACUCCAGGGCUAGAGUUCACUCUCGCGAGAUUUGGAGCGUUGCCGCAGUUACCACAGGCAGAGCUCCCGGGUCCUCUCUCCCUCCCCUGCCGGCUGUCAGCACAGUGCCUGCGGACUGGGGAGGGAGAUCUCUGAUCUCCCCUCCGGUGCACAGGCACAUUGCAGAGCUAGCACCUGCAUGUGCUGGCAGGGGAGAGGGAGAACGUAGGUUUUCUCGGGGGGGGAGGGGGGGCAAUUGCCCUGUUGCCCCCCCCCCCCGGAUCUGCCACUGAGUGGUGAUGUAGUGUUAGAUUUAUACAGUGUGAGAAUUCAAGGAUGCUUGGGACAGACAAACUGAUGUCCUGAGAAAACACAAUGAAAAUACAGGAAACAAGCUUGCUGGAUGGGCCAGUGAUAUUUUAUUUAGCACGUGUGUUCAAACUUUUGUAUAAAAAAUAUAUUUUUGCAUGAAAAUAAAAUUGGUUUUAAAAAAUCGAAAAAAAAAACCUGUUAGCAUAGCGUCAAAAGAUCGAUAACAUGUUAGCCGUUAAAAGUAAUUAUUUCUGCCCCACUAUUUAUAGCAAAAAUGAUGUAUUUCAAUUUGUCUUGCAUCAACUUUCUAACUAUUUUACAGCUUUAGCUUUUUCUUUUCUUUUUAGUUUAUUUAUUUAUUUUGACAACGUGUGUAACUCCAUUCCAUGCAAUCAUUUUAGCAAUGAAGGGGUUAUAAAACAUAUAGUUGAAGAACACCUACGCUCUCUCUUUCGAACAGCAUAUAUCCAAUGAUCUGACUAAUGCUAAAUCUGUGUGUGCUUCACAAAACUGGGAUCUGCACAGUUAUCUGACGUAAUAAUUGUCAAUGCAUUUCCAAUUAAUGCAAAGCCCAUAGAGAAAAAAGAACAGGUAUGAUGUGGAUCUCAAAUAAGCCACUAGGAAUUUUGUAAAAUUGCCAUUGUGAUCUCACUGCAGCACUAUUAUAAAACAGUAAGAUGUUACUUAUAUUAUGGAUUGUAUGAAUCAUCAUGUAAAAUCAGAUAAUGCACUAGCUGGGAUAACUCCAGGACUCUGCAUUUGUAUAAUAAAGUCCACUUAACAUUCAUCGACAUUCCAUUUCUGCGGUUGUUGUAUUGUUUUAUUGCACUAGGGGAAUCAUAUGGAAAUAUUCUAUACCAACAUAUUUAAAAAUAAAUGUAUACUGUGUGUAUUUUGUAACAUAUGUAUAAAUAAAAAUAUGUUGUUAUAAAUUAUUCUAAAAUACAGCAAGGACAAUAACCAUUUUUGACCCAACACAGUUAUAAAUGAAUAUACAUAUGACCUAUAUUUUGGAUAUUGUUAAAAGAAAACAAGGUAUACUUCUAUCCAAGCGGAUAGCAUGUUUUUGUUUUUUUUUGAUGAUCAUGAAACAACAUGGUAGCCAGAUUGUAGUCCAUAGCUGCUGCUGAGUUCAUUGUGUACAAUCAUUUCUUUAAUGUACACAAUUUUGUCCGAUGCAUGAUGUGCUCCCAAAGCCAUCCCAAUGAAGACCAGUUUGAUUUCAUGGAUACUAUCCUCUGGACACCAUGAAUUACUGUAAGAUAUGGUAGAUCUCCAUCCCAGAGAUGAGCUACAAACCAUUUGGAGAAAUAACAUACUUUAGGAAAAAUAUUGUGAUUAGAUAGCACCAGGGAAAUAAUGUAUAAUUAUGCAUAAUACUGUUUAAAAGCGGACUGUCUCUUCUCAAAAUAUUUUACUAUUUUAUUUACUUAUCCCCUAUUUUUAACAAAUAUAUGUUUAUUUUCACAUAAGUACAAAUGUUCAUCCUAUAUAUGAAGGUCCUUGGGUAGGAUUAUCCAAUGUCUUUUGCAUCUGAACACUCACUAUCUAGGAUUAAUUACUACAUUUCUUAAAGUGCCCGGAUACAAGAACUGUUAAAAAUAAAUAAAUAUAUAAACAAAUCUUUAGACUGUUUUCGUUUUGUAUUCUACAAUUUGUAGAAAUAUUGCAACGUAAACUGGUUACUAGAAAUUCAUGUAUUCGUUUGGAGCAUUUUUCUAUUUUGGACAAAUAUACCAAGUAACAAUUUUAAAUCAGAAUUGAUUUUGCAGCUAUAUGGCUGAAUAUAUAUAUAUAUAUAUAUUGUGUGUAUAUGUACAAAUAUGUAAUUAUAUAUAUAUAUAUAUAGCCAUAUAUAUAAUGUUACAGUACAGUAUAUAUAUUUAAUGUUACAGUACAGUAUAUAAUUUAUAAAUGUGGAUUAACGAAAUGCAAACAUUUGCAGGAGUUUUAUAAGACUAGAAAAUAUAAUCUUUGUAAGACAAAAAGAACCUGAAUAUUUAUCGAAUAAUCCCAUUGGUCCUGUGUGUCUAGCCAAAUAUAAAUUUAAAAAAGAAACUUUCUUUUGUUGAACUCUUUUCACUUUUUCCUUUUUCAUAGUGAAAUUAGAAAGAUUGCAGCAGUAAAAUGCUAUACUUGAUCAUUAUUCUUUUUUCAAGAAUAUCAUCCAUUUUCAGGCCAAGUUUUGGUCUCCAAUUCAUCUGUUUCCCUAAUUAUAAGCAACCCAAGGUCAAACGGUCAUUGACAUAAACGAUUAGAAAGUUUAAUAUUAAUAAUUCUGUUAUGGCUCAGUACUGAGUAAUACCAUUAAUAAGUAAUGUCCAAACACUAAAUGGAAUUCUAAAAUGUAUGUGGGUUUGAAAUUUGUAUGCAUCAUCUGUGAUAAACCAUGAUGUCGUUUGGCUAAAUAGUAUCACCAAGUACAGUUACAUUUAGGGAUACUCUCAAAGGCAGGCUUCCCCAAACUCCGACCCUCCAGAUGUUACUGAAUUAUAACUCCCAUAAUUCUAAGCCUAUCUAUUUCAUUCAUAGAAUCAUGGGAGUUGUAGUUCAGCAACAUCUGGAGGGCUGGAGUUUGGGGAAAUCUGCUCUAAGGGCUCGAAGACAUGAUGUUCCAUUGGAUGCUUUGAUUUGAACAUUAAUGACAUUUCUAUUAUCUUUGACCUUCAAUUAUUUAAAUGGCUAGAAAGGUAUAUUUUAAAGUUUUAGCAAUUAUUUACUGCCUGGAUCCUUUAUAUCCUUAUUUUACGUUCUAGAUAAAACAUCUUAGUUUGCUGUAAAGGACCAAUGUAUGUCAACCUAGGCAAUGUAUAUAGGAGUGUUAAAUAUAUAUCGGGUCAUCUGGGUUUCUGUUCUAGAUUAAAAUUACAUCACUACCAUCAUAUUGCUGGAUGGGAAGUAUUGUAAAUGCCUAAAUCUGAUUAUUUGGACAGCAUUUAUGUUGGUCUUUUUAGCCUUUUACAGAUGUUGUCAAAGUAUAUCCUCCAUCGUUGCCAGGCAACACCACACCCUCUGCUAAACUGGACUGAACACUAUUAAUUAUUAAUAGUAAUUACCUAAGUAGUAUUAACCCCUUUACUUCAUUAUAACACUCCAGCACAUUCUACGCAAUACGUUUCCAGUUUUGUAUCACUGAAUUAUUCCAAACUCAAUUUUUAGCUAAAUAAUUUAGUGAUGUUAAAUUAUUGACUAUGCAAACAUUAAAUAUGUACAUUAUUAUUUUAAUAUUAAUAUUACACUCUUUUAUUAAAUAUGAGGGCUAAAGGCAAAUUACUGAAUAUUCUUCAGACACAACUUCUGACUUUUUUUUUUUUCUGAGUAAGGGCUUCUCUCCGAAAUGAGCAAUUUCAAGUAUGUGCACAUAUUUUUCUAUUUGUUGUCGUUUUUUUUUUUUUAAAGGGACACUGUAUCCCCAAAGCACUUUAGUUUGUGCUCUAUUUGUGAAGAGUGGCCCUCUUUUUUUUUUCAUUUAAAAAAAAUGUGCAGAUUUCAAUUGAAAUUGGCAUGUUUCUGCACCUUUCUUUCAAGCACAUAACAGUUUCUGUUACUUCAUGGUUGUUUAACUCAUUAGAGCUAAACUCAAAAGACAGGCAAUUACUCAGAUCACCUGCUUUGCAAAAACUUCUCAUAAAACUAACUUAGACACAAAAGUCUAUGCCGGAGAAGAAGGGAAUGGCUUGCAAAGGCUGCAGACAAGAGAACUGCAGAUUUUGCAAGCUGUUUUUAGAUAUACUCUCAAUGUAAAAAUACAUAAUUAAAGGAAUGUGUGUUUUCAUUUGGGGUCAUUCUACUAAACUUUUUUUGUUUUAUUUUGUUUUUAUUUUGGCAGUGGUGUGUCCCUUUAAAUUAAAAUGCUAUAUUUAUUAACAUGUGAAGCACGGGUAGAACAUAACCAUAGUGGAAUACCAUAGUUUCAUUUCAGCAUGCAACUACAGGAGAUAAAGGUGUAUGAAUAGAAAUCAUACGUUCAUAUCUCCUCAUUCAUCAAAUAAUUAUUAGUUCUUCCAUGAGCACAGUACCAAAUGUGGGAGGUUAUUAGCUCAUAUUUUUCAGAAAAUGUACAACCCACAAAUUAUGGAUUUGUCUGGGAUUCCCCAACACCUUUUUUUCAUGGGUUUCACCCUUAUUGGCCAAAAUAUGACAACAUCUAGAAUGAAAAUAGCCAGGAUCCUUUGUCUUCCGUACCAUACUUUAUGAUGGUCAUCCCGUAACUAAACCUAAAGUUUGCCAAUUCUUGUAAUUAAUGGAAAAAGCACAAAUUCCAACCUUAUUCUAGCAAGUCAUAUCUAGCAUGUAAGCUCAUUGAGCAGGGCCCUCAACCCCUCUGUUCCUGUGCGUCCAUUUGUCUAGUUACAAUUACGUGUCUGUUAGUCCACCCAUUGUACAGCGCUACAGAAUUUGCUGGCGCUAAAUAAAUACUCACAUAAUAAUAAUAAUAACAACAAUAUUCCACUACUACCAAAGAGCCAAUGCACUGUCAGAUAUACACCUAGAUCAGGCCUAAAUAUGAAUCUUGAGCUCAUUGUGAAGGUCUAGGCAAUUUGUCUGUCACUUGCAUUUAUCACACAUUUUUUUUUCCAUCUAAAUGAAAUGAUGAUUAGAUACUAGAGAGCAGGUAGUUCUGGAAAGGGACAGCUGUCCCGGAGCCAGGGGCAACUCCAGAGCCCCAGUUUAGAAAAGUCAUUAAUGAAUGCUGUGUCAGAUUUUACCUUUAGAAAAUGGACAUAUACAUUUGCACACUUAUACAGACACACACUUAAAAACCUAGGUACUGUGAUAAACACCAACACCUAGACCCCCACAUACAUAUGACCAAAGACAAAUAUAUACACACAGACAGAGACAACCACACAGACAUAUUCAACCACACAGAUAUACACAGAUUCAUAUAUAAAAACAUAUCUACAGGCAUUUGAUGGAGAGGUCAUUCAUUCUGGCCAUGUUGCUAGCCAGACAUAAAUGUGCCCGACUUCUCAGGGGGAACAUUUGCCCUGAUGCUCCCCCUUGGAUCCUCAGAUGCCAGGAAUAUGACCAAAGUCUUUUUUUUUCUUCACAAGUGUUCCCAUACUCUUCUUUACUCAUGCAAGGAGAGACUAAACAGGUGGAGCUUGGCUGAAUCUUGGGCAAAACCUGGAUAUAUUUGAGUAUCUAAAUAUUGAAUAUACUAAUCCUACAAAAGUUUAAAUCACAAUUAAAAGUUCCCAUGUGUCUGGAAUGUUUUUUUAAAGCUCCCCAGUUAAUGUAGAAAGGCUCAGGUAAUGAGACGAUGGUGUGAUGCAUUACUUUGCAAACAUGUCAUCAUAGAGAGGUAGCAGGCAUGUAAUCAAUUGCUUCUUUGAUUAAUUAGACUAGAGGUUAAGAGCAGUGAUGUGCAGUUCAGAGUUACUAAACACUUUCAAAUUAACCAAGAAGAGAAGUGAAUAAGAAAUAAUGUAUAUCAUGUAAUUAUGCUAAUUUAAUAUUUCAACAUAUAUUUUUUUCAUAUGUAGGGAAAUUAUCAUUGCCUAUGAAGCAGAGCAUUAUCUUAUUAUCCAUACUUUUUAUAUACCAGAAUUUUCUCUUGGGUAUUUCGUAAUAUAGUCCUUCACAGCUAUUGUUUCCUGUAAAGAAAAGGAUAGUUAUAGGUUUUUAAAAAAUUAAUGUUUAAAAAUUUUCUUUUGUAAAGUAUAUUAAGAUUGUUUUCCUAUUUUGCAAUGCAAAGUAAGGAUGUACUUGAAAAGUGUGUGUAAUUGAAGACUUGGAGGACUUCAAAGGUUUCUAGCAAAAGGAGAUUAUAAACAAACAGCAAAACAGUGCUCUGACAAAUGCAAACUUGAACAAAGUUAGACCUCCAGUCUGAGUGCAACAGCACCACAGCAUGCAGUGGCCCUGAGAGGUACUGCACCAGACUAAAAAAACACGAGAUUUCCUAUGGAAUUAUUGCACAUACAGGGUUCUUCACUAAGGUAAGAAAAGUCCGGAAUUCAAAAUGAAUCAAAAUUUUAGAGCAAAAUAGUCAAACUGAAGGCAUAGCUGACUUAAGGAACUUUUCCAAUUUGGGCAAUUUGAAAUCCACUCUGAAUUUACUUGGAAUUCCCAACAAUUCUCACUUUAGCGAAUAACCCAGAUACAUUUUUUAACUAUUAUAGUACAUUAUCAUUAAUUUUUUUUUUUUUGUAUUCCAAUGCAUUUAGAAUGCCAGAGAUAGCUUGUCCCUUUCACUCUAUUUGCUGUGGAAUGCAAGUUUCACCACGCUCACUAAAACACUGACAGGGAUAUUUACUAAAGUUAGAAUUGUUGUGAAUUCAAAAAAUAAAAUAUGGGGGACGGAGCCUGACCGCAGAGCCGCACGGACGCAUCCGACACGAGCUACGGCCCGGCGGGGGAAUCCAGGGGGAAUAAGCGGUGGCUAUCCAGCCCAAAACUACCCAAGGGUGCACCACCCACAUCGGGGGUGCCCCGCUGUACCCAACAACACCACCCCGGGGCCUGCCGAAGUCAGGAGCGCCAAGAUUCAAAUGCGGCCUACUGGGGCUGAAGCAGAGGGGAGACGGCCGCUCUCCUCGGCGCAAAAGCCCACAAGCGACCUCACCUCAGCCUACCCCCCCCUCUGAACCGGUGGGGGAUAUCCCGGUCCCCACUGGACAUGCAGACCAGUAUGGAAAACGAGCAAGCCAGCUACACAAAAUGGUGGGGCAACAAACCUAGAAGGACCAGCCAAAAUGGCCGUCCAGCAUGAACCCAGAAAGCGGAACACCCACUCUAAACCACAUAUAUCCCCCAUGGAAAUCUUUGACUAGCUCUGCGCAGGCCUCAGGGCAGCUCUACGCAGCCAAAGGGCAACCCACCGCCAAGCUGACUUAACGUGGCCUCGUGGAUACAUCCAGCAGCGCGACACAGCUCCUACAGGCAGGUACCCUGAGCCUCCAAAAUGGCCAUCUGGCAGCGCAGGUACCGGUGGGCCUCGAGGCGGGUUACAAAACAAGCAACGUACGCAAAUAUCCUUCCCGACCAAACUCCUGGCUACCAGCGCAGCACUAAGCACCUCUUCCUAGCCAAUGCUGCAUCACAGGUGGCUGCACGGCUGCACACCAUGAGGAGACUUACCGGGGCUGACCCCCGAAAUGGAGAUACUGGGCCCUGAGGCCGCAACAAAGGGACUAGCAACAACAUCAUGCGUGACAUACCAGCGCUGGGCAUAGGCUGAGGUGCCUACUAUACUGCCUCACAAGGGUAUUUAUUGCCUGGACUGCUCCAAUUGAAUACCCAGACCCAGAAGCCCCAUACGUAUCCCAAGUGGACUAUACUACCAUAUCUUCACGGACUUGCGGUAAAAAUGACUGACAAUGCUGGAACUCGCUCCUGAUGAUCAAAUGUCUAGUUAAUCCUUAACAAAGCAGUUAACACUCAUGUUUAAAAUGUACAGCGAUGUUACCUUACACUGUAGGCAAGAUAAAGCAUUGUUUUUUGUUCUUUAGUACCUCACAGCCUAUACAUGAGCAGCACAAACAGUCUAGGCAUCACACACAAGCCAGCUACUGCUACACUGCAAAACAAGAUACCACUUUACAACUACACUACUAGAGCUAACCCGACAUUGUCAAGCAACAACUAUCUUAUCUUACUUUACGUUGACAUUAGCACUGUUUAGCCAAGCUUGAUAUAUAUAUACAUAAAAAAUGUGCAAACUAUCAUGCCACUACCUAACUUUUGUUAACACGCUGUUGUGGCGGAUGUUGAAACCCUGUAACCACCUGCACAACAAAAAUAAAGAAUUGAAAAAAAGACAUUUUUACAAAAAAAAACUUAAAUGAACGCAUGACCCAUUUCCCAUUCUGAGUUAAUUCCUGUGUGGUUUUUAUGCAGACAAUGUAACUAGCCAACAUCAUUUUAUUUAAUUGUUUACUCCCUACAUGAGAUUAUUAUUUCUUUUUGUUUGAUAUCCUGGAAUUUACAUUAAUCAAUAGCUUUUUCCUGUUUGUGGAAGUGACAAAGUUAUAAGAAAUUUAGUUUCUUUGUCACUACUGGUGAGGUAGCUCAGUGGCCUAAUGCAUCAUCAGUAGAAUCUGUUCUACCCUGGCAGGGUUGACUCAGCCUUUCAUCCUUCCGAGGUAGAUAAAAUGAGUACCAUUAAAUUUGGUAAUAGUAACAACCCCUGGAUGUUGGGCAAAAGUUACAUCCCCAGGACAUACUUGAAAACCAGAGCAAUCUGAGUGUACCUUUCCUGGUUAAAUACUUUAUUAUUAUUUGUCAGUAACAGAAUAGAGGCGCUCAAUUAUUUGUGACUUCAGCAAACAUGUCUGUCCUACCUAUUGUGUUUUACAACACACACAAGUAAUAAAAUAUACCUCGUUAUCUGGAUAACAUGUAGGUAUACUAUAAAACUAUUAUGUAUGGCUGCGAUACAAUUAUCUGUAUUCCAGAUAUAUGAGCAAUAAAUUAACUUUUGUUUACUCGUUUGAAAUGAGCACACCUUGAAAUCCAGAAAGGGUUAUGUUAUUUUUAGAUGAAAAAAAAAAACCUUGGAACAGAAACAAAUUUUUAUUUAUUUUUUUAACUCUUGUUUAUUAGUGGUUUGAAUCAAUACAUUACAUAUUCCGUUACAAUUAGCCAUCUUUUGUGUACAAAGCAACAACAUGCAUAAUUCGGUUACAAUACAUCAUAAAAAAGGUCAUAGAAACCAACAAAGUAAAAAAGGUAAUAAAGGUGUAUACAACCAGAAAUAAAAAGGGGAAAACAGUGAAUAUUGUUGUGCUGGGUAUAUAAUUUAUAAAGGAAGGAGAAUCAGUAACACAAUAAUAUGUGGGUCACUCAUUAUUACAGGAUAUUAUCAUAUCUGAAAUCUGUUGGUGGUACCCUUUGGUAUCUGUUUGCUUCUACCAACCUCUCUUUCCAACUAAAACAAUAUUAUUAUUUUUCAAUGUUUAAACAUGUAUCCCAUAACUCCCAAGCUUUUGAAUUAGUUCCGUAUGGGCAGAGUAAAGUUGACAGCGCUCUGUCAUAGGAGCCUUCGUUGAUGCUUGGUCUAUCUAGGUUGCCAGUGUAGGUACUGAGAGUGAGGCCCAGUUCCAUGCUAGUCAUGUUAGUGUUUCUAUUAGAAUAUGAAACCAUGAUUUUGCUAUGUGUUUGUGGUUCCCAUUUGGAAACACAAAUAGUAAAAAAAACAUUCUGGUGUUUGAGGGAGUUCUGUGUUUGUGGCUUUUCUAAAUGUGUUUGGCACCACAUCCCAGAAUGGGGCCAAUCUGGACCAUGUCCUCAAUAUAUGUAAAGUAUCAUCUCUUGCUACUCUACAUCUUCAGUAUUGGUCUGAAUAUUUUGAGUGUAUUUGGAAAAAGUAAAGAAAAAAGUUACUUGCGACUAGUCCAAAUCCCCAUACAUAUGUAUAUAAAUGGAGGUUUUUAGUUCCACUCCAAUGGCCAGUAGAUGUAAGCACACCUGUCACAUCAAGGCAAACCUCUUAGGUGGUUCCUACACUAACAAUUCACAUUGCUUGCUUCAGCUUCAGGCAAAAAAAUAUCUAAUGUGACAGAGAGGGGCCUUUUUUUUAACCCCUACACAUUUAUUAACCCUUAAAGGGACACUCCAGGCACCCAGACCACUUCUGCCCAUUGGAGUGGUCUGGGUGCCAAUUUCCACAACCCUUAACCCUGCAGCUGUAAUUAUUGCAGUUUUCAUAAACUGCAAUAAUUACAUUGCAGGGUUAACUAUAGCCACUAGAGGGCACUUUCUUGGUUUCUAGCACAGGUUUUCUGUGCUAGAGCAUCGCUGGACGUCCUCACGCUAUGUGAGGACCUCCUGCGUCGCUCAAUUCCCCAUAGGAAAGCAUUGAAAGCAUUUUCAAUGCUUUCCUAUGGAGAGGUCUAAUGCGCGCGCAUGCGCGGCAUUGCCACGCAUGCGCAUUAGGUCUCCCCCGGCGGCGGCCGCACGUGCGCAAUCGGUCUCCCCCGCCAGAUGACGUCGGCGGGGGAGGAGCGUAGGCGGACCCGAAACCACCACCAAGGGACAUCGGCGGGGUUCUCAGGUAAGUCACUGAAGGGGUUGCCUACAUGUUUUCCUGGCACUGGAGUGUCCCUUUAAUAGUGAACACAUGGGAUGGGUGGCAGCACUGUAACAUAGCUGUGUGAUACAAAAGCAAAUACAAAUACACAAAAAUAAUCAAACCUCCACUAGUUCUGGGCGACAGCAAUGGCCUCAACGUGGUACGUGGGCUUACAUCUAAUGGUCACUAGAGUGGAGUGGACUAUUUGGGAAAGUGUCUUUGGCAACACAUUUCAUCUAUGAUGUAGAAGAUAAACUUAAAGGAAAACAAUUAAAAUAUAUAUUUAAACAUUAACUUUAAAACACUAUUAAACGUACCUUUUUGCAGCAUUGCAGUAACCUCCUCAGUGCAGCUGAUACUCCUCUGUUAAGUACAUCAAGAUUGGUGAAAUGUGUCCAAUCAAAUACUUAUAGAGAAGUGAUCCACCAAUCUAACGUUUCUUUUGAUGGAGGAAAAUUGAAUCCAAAACUUAUCUUAGAGAAGCAUUAGAUUUGCACAGCAUUAACGAUCUGCAAACAUUGCAUGCUGAUAUUGCAUGUUAAAUAGUUUCAGUACUUGACUCUAUAUUAGUCUGAAGCCAGAUCUGACACUGUGACACCAGGUAAACAUAGAAAUUGCAAAACGCAAGAACUAGACUUCUGUACUGUGGGAAAAUUUGUUUUCUCCUAACCGCUUCGUCUAAAGAUAAAAAAAAUUGAGGAUGCCAAAAUUGUGGCCGUGUUGUACUUCAGCUUGUACGAAUAUCAUUCACCGAAUAGAAUCCAGAAAAAAAGUUUGGGCAAGCCAGAAUAAGUGGGGAGAAAAGCAUCUACUAGUGAGCUGUAGUGGUGAAUUGGCCGUAAUGAUAUGUAACGUAGUUAUGAAUUGAAAUCAUGAUGGCAAAAGUAAGGCUAAAAUAUUAAAGUUAACCAGCGCUGUUUUUAUAAUGAAGUUGGAGGAUCUCUCCAUAUCUUGAAAUUUAGCCUUAAUCUUGCUAGUCAGAUACCAGUUAGUAACAUUUUGGAAUUUGGUGAAUAAACCUGUUAGUAUUUUAUGAGGAUGUACGGUUUCACUAAAAAAAUAUUCAGAGGCACUGCUUUAUUUUUCAUGAAAGAAGGUUGGCCAAACAAGAAUUUGCCAAUUGCAUGGACUGUUUAUGAGGAAUUGCACUUAUUUCAAAGUAUGACUAAUAUGUGAGAAAUAGCAAGGCCGAGAAGUACAAAUAUCUAACAUCUUCCAUAACGCGUAAAGAACUGUUUCACUCUCAGUUAAUGGUGUGUGUAAGGCUUUCAAGGACGUUUAGCCAUUUUGGAGGGUUUGGGGAGAAAAAAAUAAAUUAAAUAACUUUGACUUCGACAGUCUGGGCAUACACAUGGUAGAAAGGGGAGGGUAAACUAUGUUCCUGCCUUAGUGCAAGUGGGUCAAUCUAGGUGACUGCACUAUUUAGUCACCCUUGCAAAUGAGUGUGCAUGUCAGUGACAAAAUCAACAUGCUAAUCAGUCCUGCUGAUAACACAGAUUUCCUGUAUCACAUUCAUCUUACUGAUUGAGAAACUGCAUUAGAUAGAAGUGAAUUAAUGCAAUAGUUUUCAUUAGUGAUCAGGUUUUUCAAGCAGGUCAUUCUCACGUACUAUGAUUAUACUAUUUUUAUUAAUGCAAACAUUUGGCAAUUGUGGAACAAAUUUGUUAAUCACCGUGCAAACCAGGCAGUAGUGACAAUAAUCGGUGCAAAGUUUGCUCUUUGUGGUAUAUUCACUAAACAGUGAAUUGUCGUGAAUUUAAAACCAAAUUGCAAAAGUCAGGCAAAAAGUGCUGCUUUGAAAAAAAUCCUCUAACUACACAGCGCUAAUCACGGCUUGGCUAUUUUAUGCUUAAAUAGUUAAAUUCAGUUUUCAGUUCACUAUAAUUUUCUGUUUAGUGUAUAAACCCAUGUGGCACAGAAUUGUGUUUGUUACAACUUGAGAAAUGUGUCCCGUGUUGUAUAUAGCCUUGUUCUCUGUCAAUAAAAUAAAAUUAAAAAUCAAAACAUGAUACCCAUGUCCAAAUUUUGCUUGUUCUCAAAAGUUGCCAGGAUUUCAAAAGUCUGAACAAAGAGAAACAUUUGGAAAUAUUCGACCCAAAUUCCAUUACAUAGCUUUGAAUUCCAUUUAAAAAUAAACACACAUGUAAACAAUAUACUACAAUUAAAAUGCAUGUUUUAUUGAUACUGCUAGACUGUGCCAGUAUCAAAACAUAUAGCAAAAGCACUACAUAGAUAUGAACUCAGCAGCUCUAAUACAUAUUUUGCCAAACUGGUAUGUAUUUUAAUUAGCAGAUGUUCAAGUCAGGAUUAAACUCUGAAUAAAAUUUAAAGUUGACAGUAUUGAUCAAUUUGAUGGAUUGGCAUGCAAUGAAGUAUUAUUUGCCUUUCAAAUAUUGGCUCAGAGUAACUUUUUUCUUCCGUAUUUCUUAAAUAACAUAGGAUUUCUGACUUUAGUUAGUAGGCAACAUAUUCAAAUUUAUGUUUAUAUGGCAAGUCUUCACCUCCUUUACAUUACAUGAUAAUAAUUAACGGAACACUCCCAGCACUGUAGCCAUUGAAACCCCCUGUAGUGAUUAUAGUGCCAAGUGUGCCAUGUUGCCAUAUUACAUUAAGUUGUCAAACCAUUUCAGAAUGCUUUGAUAACUAACCUGGAUCGCACCUGGUGACUACCACAGAACUAACCUCUCGUGCCAGUGAGCGAUGCCUUGCACUACUGGGCUUAACUCAGUGGCUGAGCUUCAUACUGUAAAAAAGGUGGUAGCAGAUGAUAGGCAGACCCAAGUUAAGUUACUUAGUCUACUUGCCCACAAUAACCACUACAGCAGCCUCUACAGUCACUUGAAGUGUUACUUUAAUAUGUUGAAUUAGCAAAAUUAUUCAAACUAUAUCACUGCUGAGUGCUUAGCAAAAAUAAAAAAAAUGAUAUCUAAUUAUUUAGCACAUAAACACUCUUUCAACCAUAAUUCAUAGAUAAACGCACCCACACUUAUUAUACGUCAUUUUGUUUGGAAGAAAUAUGGCUCUCAUUGUUUGUGAUUAAGUGGCUACGAAAAAAGACUGGACAUACCCCAUUUGUAAUACCUUGGGUAAUUCUCAUUCCUGGGGUACCAUACAGUCUCAAAGGCAACAUAACCAAUCUGGCGAAUUUCAGUGUAAAAAAGCAGAAAUGCAAGCCUUGUAUUUGACUCUGUGACCUUUAAAAACUCCAAAAAACCUGUACAUGGGGGGUACUGUUAUACUCGGGAGACUUUGCUGAACACAAAUAUUAGUGUUUCAGAACAGUAAAAAGUAUCACAACAAUGAUAUUGUUGGUGAAAGUGCCGUUUGUGUGUGAAAAAUGCAAAAAAUGGCCCUUACAAGGCUUGUGAACCAAAUUCUGUGGACUUUAUGCCUGGGUUGUCAGGCAGGUCCCUCAAAUCAUAAUUAAUAAAAUUACUUAAGUGAAAAUAUUACAUAAAUAUAUACGUAGAAUUUAAAUAUAUAUAUAUAUAUAUACAUAUGUGUAUUUAUAUAUUUAUAUAUAUAUAUAUAUAUGGAUUUUUAAAAUUUAUUUUCAUUUAUAUGUAGAUUUGGAUAUAGAGAUAUAUACAUAUAUAUUUACGUAUAGAGUUAUAUAUAUAAAUUUGUUCUAAGUGUAUUUUGAUAUCAAUAUAUAUAUAUUUUUUUGUAAAUCUCUUUUUAUUGAAGUUUUUUCAAAUGUUUCGUAGAAAAUUAUGAAAAUAAAUGUGUAGAAACUCGCAGGUUUCAAGUAAACAGCAUAACAGUAGGUCAAUCAAGAUGCACAGAUCUCCUAGUUAACAGUACAAAAGGAGACACGCAGGUCUCUAGACAAACUGGGUGAUGAACAUAUAACAUGAAGAUAUUUUGUAUUGAUUUAUACUAACAGGUGGGUUACUCUCCUAAUGCAGCCUGUCUAUUUGCGGUCGGUGCAUAUUCCUUUGUCUGGACCUGCAGUUAUAAGUUGGUGGUCAGGUGAUAUGAACUGCUAGGUUUGGGCAUGUAGGACUUCUUUAUUUAGUUGUUCUUGUUAAUGUUGUUGGGAUAGGGCCGCUUCAAAUUAUAUAUGAAGGGCGCUGGUGUCUCUUUGCUUUGCGUGUUUUAUGUGUCUGGUGGUGUGGUGUCGGGUCGUGGUGCAGGUGGUCAUUGCGUGGUGGUCGUGUGUGUAUUUCAAGGUUUCUGGGGUCGAGUCACUAGUGUCCUCUCUUGUGUUGGCCUUUCUGUCACUCAUAUGGGGGGGGUCGUUUGUGUAUUUGUGGCGUGUGUGUGUCCUAUACCUUUUCAGAGCACCUGUGUUCCCUAGUCAUGCGUGCGUUUUCAGAGGCUUGGGAUUGUGUUACCCCGUGUCCCGGCUUUUGGGACCCCUGCAUUCCUGUGGUGUGUGUGUUGUGCUGUGUCUAAUGGUUCUGAAAUGACCUUGUUUCCUUGGUACGCCGGUCUGGUGGAGACGGUAUUUUGUGUCUGGGUCUUGGAGUGGCUGUGCAGUGUGUGGUGUUUGAUCUACGGGUCUUGGGUCGCUCUGGUUGAUGGUGUGGCUAUCCCAUCUCUGGGCCUGUGGGUGUGGGUUUGUGAGUCCAUAUUAAUGUGUGUGUGUCCUCCAUGUGUGUGUGCCUUUUGCUGGUUCCUUGGUUCGUGAUGGUCUGGAGGUGUUAUGCGUCGACCCCUUUAUCCCCCGUCUCCCUCUAUUUCCCCCGAUCACGACAGUGGAUCGGGUACUGUCCCUUGAUCAUUUCCAGUGGUCUUAGCGUCAGGCUUAGUCCCCCUGCCGGUCAAGUGGCUGGCUGCUCCGUGAUAGUCAUAUCGUCUAGCGUUAGUGUGUGUCCCCAUUGCUCCCCCCAUGUCCGCCGGAUCGGUGCGUGGGGUCGAGCUGUCUUCCCUUUGCCGCCCGGCAAAAACUCAAACCACGGGCCCCACUGCUCAGUAUAUUUUUCCCUCUGUCCCAUGAGGGAUGCCCUCACAUUCUCCGCGGAGCGAAUCUCCUACACUCAGUCGUACCAUUGGGUUAGUGUCGGGGCCUACGUCUGUUUCCACAUUGCGGGUACGAGUGCCUUGGCAGCGUCCAGCAAAUGUCUCCAUAUGGAUUUUUUAUAUUGUGAGAUUGGCCUUGGUGUCGAAUGUAGCAGGUAUUGUUCCAUAUUUAGUGGGAACAUUUCCCAUAGGAUCUCUGCAAUUUUUUCUCUGACCUGAUUCCAGAAUGGCUUUAUGUUCGGGCAGUCCCACCAAUUGUGUCUCAGAGUGCCCUCCUGCAUCUCCAGCAUGUGUCCGGGAUGCUGGGGAAUAUCCUAUGUAGGCGUGAUGGUGUUUUGUACCACUGGGAAAGGAGUUUGUGGUUGACUUCUUGGUAUCAGGAACUCACUGAGGAUUUAUGGUGUAGGAUUAGUAUUUUUGCCCACUGGUUCGGUGUGAAUUCGUGGUCUGUGAUGUGUUCCCAUUGUCUCUUGAAUGUGAGUAUUUCUGUGUCACACGUGAGGAUGUAUUGGUAAAGAUAGGAGAUUGCUUUAUUGAUAUUCUUUUUGGUUUGGCAUAGGUUCUUGAAUGACGUUAGGGCCCUGUAUAAGGCAGCUCUGUCACGGAGUGAGUUGUAGAAAUGUCGCAGUUGGGUAUAUCGGAAAGAUUGCUGGAAGGUUGGGGUUCGAGUAUUGGUGAGUUCGGAAAGUGGUUUUAGGCCGGUAUCGUCCAGGACGUUGCGGAGUGGUAUGUAUUCUUGGUCUCCUAAUAUUCUCCAGGCUCUGGCAGUGAGGCCACCCCCUAUUGAUUGGUUGCUGGUGAGCGGGAUCAUUGGGCUUGGGGUCGGGGAGAUGUGGUGUGCCCGUCGCAGGUUGUUCCACACGUGCAGGGUGUGCGCUGUCGGUGAUGUCUUGUCCGGCUCAGACGGUGCUGCGGUCCUGGUAGCCCAGACCGCCUCUGGCGUGGAUGCAUUGCCUCCAGCCUCCAUCAGCGGGACCCACUGUUUAUGGGGUGGAUGCGAGUGCCACUCCAGUAUGCGUUGCAGUACAGUGGCUUGGUGGUAUUUUUUCACGUUCGGUAGAGCGAGGCCGCCCCAGUGUCGAGGUAGGCAUAGCGUGUCGUGUCUUAUUCUGGGCCGUUGGCCCCUCCAUAUGUAUUUGAUUAUCGCUGAUCUGAAGGAGGAGACAUACGCCGCAAGUAUUGGUAGCGUUUGAAAUAAAGCAGUCGGGUAGUAUAUUCAUUUUCACUACAGCGAUGCGCCCUAGCCACGAUAUGUGUUGGGAGCGUAGAUCUUGCUGUAUCUUGGAGAGGAGCGGUAUGUAAUUCGAUGGGUAGAGGUCCUGUGGGUUCUUCAUGAGCCAGAUUCCGAGGUAUUUCAUCCUGGACUCGCACCAGUGGAAUUAGAAUUGUGUGCAUAGGCGGUCGUUCUCUUUGCUGGGUAUUGUUAAGUUGAGGACCUCACAUUUUGAUAGAUUUAAUUUAAGACCGGAUAUGUGUCCGUAGGUUGUGAAUUCUCUUAGUAGACAAGGGAGGGAGGUUCUGGGUUGGGAGAUAAAGAAUAGCAUCCCAUCCACGUAUGCCGCUGUUAUGCGUCGUCCCGUUGGAGUGGAAUCCGUUAUUCCAUAUGGCUAGGAGUAGAGGCUCCAGCGUCAGGGUGAAAAGCAGCAGGGAUAGGGGGCACCCCUGCCUCGUCCCGUUCCGAAUUGGGAAAGGGGUCCUGAGCGCCCCGUUCACCCUAACUUGAGCGUGCGGCUGACUAUAGAUUGCGGCAAUCCAGGUGAGCAGGUAGAUAUCAAAUCCCAUCUCCUUAAGCAGCUCCGAGUCCACCCUGUCAAAGGCUUUUUCCGCGUUGGUGGAGAAGAAGAGCAGUCGGUCUCCUGAACGUUUGGCUAAGUGCUGGAUGGAGAGGGCCUGUAGCGUACUGUCACGGGCUUCCCUGCCUGGGACAAAGCCCGUUUGGUCUGGAUGUACCAGUCUAGGAAGGAACCUAUUGAGGCGGCUCGACAGGACCUUAGUGAAUAAUUUAAUAUCGAUGUUGUAACGGCACCCCCAGGCAUAAAAGGGGUUAAUAGCCGUUUAGGAGAUAUUCCCUUCCAGAUAUACAGGCAGCUACUGUAGACACCAAUCCACCGAACCGGAGAAGCAUACGAAUGCUCUCAAACAUACGAAUGCUGUAAACAGCCGAAUAGGAAAAACCAUACGAAUAGGUUUACACUCCUAGCAGUCGAACUGGAACACAUACAAUAAAUCCCCCCAAGAAUGAGACAAGGCUCCGUUUUGAGGGUCAAGCAGGAUCAGACUGAGCUGUGUCUUUACUGGCCUUAUAUACACAUUUUACAGACAAAGUCCCGCCCACAGGGUUUUGUGGAACAUCCAAUCAAAACAUACAACACAGAUAAACAUUCCCACAAUGAAAUCACAAUCCCUCCUCUCUAUCCUGGAGAUAAUUGGGAAGUAAUCCAAUUAUCUCCAAGGACAGAGGCAAAACUCCAUUAAGCACAUGGCAGUAAAAAGACAGUAAAAUACAAUAAAAUACACAAGGUUACAUUUAUUACAUAAAAUACAGACAUGCAACAUAUCCCCAGAUAGCUUAGGUCUGAGCGCACAUUAUUACUGAAUGGUGCUCAGACCACACACAUACAGUUCAAUUGCCAUGGAGCCAAAGUCUUUUAUUACACGAAUAGGCUCCAUGGCAUAGCUAUCUGGGUUAAAUGAGUUCAUUCAGUAAAUCCGUGAAUGAACCGGCCGCGUGUGAACUGCAGACUGCUGCCAUCCAGUGUUCAGUAUGCAUAGCCGCAGCCACCCGGUAUAGUCAAUUAAGCUGCGGUUAACCGCAGCUACUGGGUGGUCAAUUGACGGCACACGCUCAUUAAGUGGUGGCUAACUGCGGCUUCUGGGCGGUCAAUUGGCGGCGCUUCUGGGCUGCCAAUUAACGGUGCCUGCCAGCUAACCGCGGCUUCUGGGAGGCCAAUAGACGGUUGUUCGUUCGGUAGAAUCUACCGAACGCCAGGGCAGAAAUACAUGAAUAGACCUUUCUGCAUAGGAAAAUAAAGUAUUUAAAUGCCGGUCCAUAGUCAAAAGGCAGCAGGCAGGCAACCAGGCUCCUCCAAUGCACAGUGGCGAGAUUGGUCUCGUCACAGAUGUUUACAAGGGAAAUGGGCCUGUAGCUACUGCAGAGAUCGGGUAUUUUCCCGGCUUGGGGAGGAUCGUUAUGGUUACUGCUAAUGAGUCUUUGUGGAGCUUGUUCCCCGUUGUGAGUGCGUUCAUGGCUUUGGUCAAUUUUGGAAUGAGCGUGUUCCCGAAUUUCUUGUGGUAUUCCAAUGUAAACCCGUCAGGUCCUGGGUCCCUGCCCAUCUUUGCUGUUUUGAUCGCUGCCCUGAUUUCUUCUUCUGUGAUGGGAGCGUCCAUGAGUUCGACUUCUUCUCGGGUUACUUUUUUGGUGAGGUGUUGUGCUAGGUAUUGUUGAAUCUCCCGUUUUUUGGUGUGUGCUGGGAUAGUAGGGGGCUGUAGGUGCAGGUUGUAUAGUUGGGUGUAGUAGGCUUGGACUUCGCGCUCUAUUGUUUCAGGGUGUUGGUUCGUCCGCCCUCCUGUUAGUUUUAGCUUGUGGACUUGUGCUUGUGUUUGCUGUGCUUUAAGAAUGCAUGCUAAAAGUUUGCCCCCUUUGUUCGCAUGUAUAUAGUAAAAGGCUUUCGAUCUCUGUAACUGCCGGUAGUGCUUCUUAACUAAUAGUGCCCGUAGCUGGCUUUGGAGUCUCAGUAGUUCUGUGUAUGUAUCCUCCGCAAGUGUUCGUUUGUGGCGCGCUUCAAUAUCCCCGAUUCCAUUGAGGAUUUCCACCAUCUGUCACUGGGCAUCCCUUUUCUUCUUCGUUGCCAAUUGUUUUAUGUGGCCUCUCAGGACGCAUUUAUGUGCUUUCCAUGUGGUGGUGACCGGGGUCUCUUCAUUUUCGUUGUUUGAGAAGUAGUCGUCCAAGGCUUCCGUGAUUUUGUUUCUGAUUUCUAUAUCCUCAUACAGGGUAUCGUUUAGCCUCCAGGUCAUCACUCUCGGUUUUGUCAGUGGGGAGUCAAGUUCCAUAGUUACCGCCCCAUGAUCAGACCACGUGGCAUCUUCAAUGAUUGUCCCUUGUAGUGAGGUGAGCUUUUCGUGCUGUAGGAAUAUAUAAUCAAUCCUCGAGUAUCUAGCGUGAACUCUUGAGUAGUGUGUGUAGUCUUUUACCGUGGGGUGUAGGGCUCUCCAGCAGUCCACCAGCCGUAGGCGUCUGAGUGCCCUCAGGAUGCUUCGGAUUUCUCUCUGCGGGAUGCUACUUCGUCCUGUGGAGGUAUCCAAGGUGGGAUAUAGGGGGGUAUUGAGGUCUCCUCCGAGUAUGAGGGUUCCCUCCGUGAAGUCAGCCAGGGCGGUCAGGGUUCUGCAAAUGUACUGCGAUUGGUUCCGAUUGGGGGAAUAGAUGCACGCCAGAGUGUAGGUUCUGUUUGCUAUUGUGCCUUUCAGGAAGAUGUGUCGUCCCUCCGGGUCUAGAACUUUAUCCGUUUCCGUGAAGCCCAGCAUCGUAGUGAGGAGUAUUGCUACUCCCGCCUUCAUGGAGGACUGGUGGUUACUGAGGUACGUUUGUGAGUAUGUUGUGUCCCUGAGGGUCGGGGCGGAGUCCCCUCGGAAGUGAGUUUCUUGGAGGAGGGCUAUCGAGAUUCGCUUUCAUCGGAGUUCCCUGAGGAGGUGUGUCCUCCAUUUUGGGAUGUUUAGCCCCCUGCAGUUAUGGGUGAGUAUGCGGAGUGGGCAAGAGCGGUAUGCUGACUCCGAGGGGUGGGGGGUCCGUGACAGGCACGUGCCACGUGGGCCGCUCAGGGAGCAGCCUUCUAUUGUAUGCCCCGUUGCGGUCACAGCCUGGUAGUGCUCAGAGGGGGAUCGGAGUCCAGGACACGCCCCGAUAACAAUAUAUAUUAAUAUCAAAAUACAGUUAGAACGAAAUUACUUAUGUAUAUAUAAUUUUUAUUUAUUUAUUAUUUUUUUUAAACUUAUUUAUGUAUUUAUUUUAUUAUAUAUAUUUAUAAAAUUAUAACUAUAUAUAUAUAUAUAUAUAUAUAAAAAACGAAUAUCAUUCUAAGUGUAUUUUAAUACUAAUAUAUAAUUAUAUAUAUUAAUAUUAAAAUAAACUUAGAGAAAUACUGUAUGUGUAUGUAUAUACAUAGAUCAUACAUAUAUGCAUUUUAUAUAUAUAGAUAUAUGAUCUCAGUAUAUAUUUUUUAAUUACUAAAACUUUAUUAAACUUUCAUACAGGCACUGCUGUGGACGGCUAUUCUGUCCAUGUGAUCGCGACAUCAUCGCGAUCACAUGACCCGGGAGGGCCUGGUGAGCCACAGGGGACUACCUGGGAUGCCAGGUUAGCUCCCCCCCCAUUGAAAUUGCCGGCGGGGGAUCGCCAGCGAUCAGGUAAGUGGGAAGGACGGUGUGGACGUACUACGUCGCCCACCAGCAUUUAGGACCGGGUCCCCAAGACGGCAUAGUGUGCCGGCCAUCCUUAAGGGGUUAAUGCCCCUUUGUAUAUAUGACAUUACCUUAUUGACCUCAGCAACUCCUGAAUGACACUUGAUAUUGUUACCUAGUUUGUUGUCUAUAGCAAUUUCUAAAUCUUUCUUAUGUGUUUUCUCUAACUCACUGCCAUUUAAGAUGUAAGUUGCUUGUGCAUUCCCCAUCCCAAAGUGCAUAACUUUGCAUUUAUCAACAUUAAAUUCCAUCUACCAUCUCAGUGCCCAAUCUAUCUAAAUCCAUAUGCGGCAAACUAAUAUCCUGUUAACACUGUAUUAUUUUACCUAGUUUUGUGUUAUCUGCAAACAAUGAUUUGUGCCAAGGAUGCAUGAACUUCAGAGAUGUAACAGGUUCAAUGUAGAAGCAUGUAUUUUUUUAUCAAUAUUUUGACUUCCAGUUAUUAAUUAAACUGUAUGUAAUAUACACAUUCAAUAGACUUAUCUAGUAAAGCUAUAAGUAAAUGUGACAUUUAUAAGUUCCUGAUUGAAGGUAAAAAAAGAUAGGUAUACCUUGCAUUUUACGUUCAUUUAAGCUUGUCUUUGAGAAUCACUACAUUACACUUAGUUAGGGAGAUAAAAUAAAAUUACAGAUUCUACUGUGUACCUUAUCUUACAAUAUUGCAAAUAUAAUUUUAAAUAUAGCAGACCCCUAAAUACCAUUUUUGUAAAAUACAGUUGGUGUUACUAAAAUAGAUACACACAGUUGACCAAAUGACAGCCUCUGUAGGGAUUUGUAGGGAAUGUGUUUACCUUAUUUUUUCACAAAUGCAGUUACAAAGACCUGUAAUUUUCAAUGAACAAGGCAUUGCAGGCUGUUAUCACAUGGUGCAAAAAUAGUGUAUAGUAUUUUGUAUUUAUAAAAUAACAGUUUUUUUUAUAAUUUCCUUUUUGAUUAGAUAGUUUACAGCCAUACAGUGUAAUAGUAAGAUAACACAUAAGAUGAACAAUCCAUUUUUGUAAAUAAUCCCAGUAAUAAGAGAGAUGGGUCAGCAAAUUGACAGGUCAUGAAUUGUGUGAGUGUUCCGGGCUUAACCUAAGAGGGUCAGGCAGUCAGAAACAAAACUAAGCAUAUGACGCAAUGUAGGAAAGGGGCAAUUGUAGCUACUGGUUUUAAUAUAAUGUAAUGGGGCACUUAGAACAAUUUGUCAGGGUUAUUUACUAAAGUGAAACUCCAAAGGGAAUUUUAAAUUCAAGAUAAAAGUAGCCACAUUGGAAUCCUUCUUUAAGCCAGAUAUGCUUCCAAUUUGGCUACUUUGGCCUUAACUUGGAAAUUCACUUUGAAUUCUAACUUUAGUGGAAAAACCCUGUAAAUACAUUAGACUUGUGACCGAAUUGCAAUUCACCUGAAUUUUAGGACAAUCGGCGGACCGUCCAUGUUCCAUAAUUUAGAAGCGCCAUAUACACGUAUACCAGAAGAAAUGAAUGAGCAUGUUCGUUUGUUUUGUGAUUUGCUGUUUCAUUCAUGGUGCCAAAAAAGAGAUGAUUGAUGGGAAAAAAAAAGAUGUUAUUAUCAAAGCUGGACUUAUUCAUAGAUCAAUAUAUACUAUAUCAAUAUAUUAAUACAGAUUUUUAAUUACUGUUGACUACUUCUUUUCACUUGAUCUGUGACCCAAACAGUGGGAAAAUUAUCCUAUCAGUGUACUGCAAAAUGUUUACAUAAUAUUUAGAUUAAAGGAACAAUAUAGGGUCAGGUAUAUACAUGCUUGUGUUAAAACCACCACCAUCUAGCCCCCCAGAUACCCACCUUGUCCCUCUAAAUAUAGUAAAAUCUUAUUUUUGUUCACGUCUGCAGCUGCUGGCUCUGCCCCUGAUCUGCCUGCUUGGCUGACAUCAUCAGAAGUGUUGUUCUGAGCCAAUCACAAUCCUUUCCCAUAGGCUUGGCUGAGACUGUCUAUGAGGCAGAUCAGGGGCAGAGCCAAACACAGCCUUGGCCAAUUAGAUUCUCCUCAUAGAGAUGUAUUGAACCAAUGCAUCUCUAGCUGUUCUGGUGACUAUAGUGUCCCUUUAAAGGGACUCUCCAGUGCCAGGAAAACAAUCCAUUUUCCUGGCACUGCAGGUCCCCUCUCCCUCCCACCUCCCAUCCCCAGUUGCUGAAGGGGUGUCCCACGUCGCUGCUUCUUCCUCCACCGCCACUCCUCCCCUUCAUUACGUCAGCCGUCGGGGCAGACUGAUCCCGCCCGCGGCUGGGGAGACCUAAUGCGUAUGCGCGGCAAUGCCGCACAGGCGCAUUAGACCUCUCCAUAGGAAAGCAUUGAAAAUGCUUUUCAAUGCUUUCCUAUGGGGAUUUUAGCAACGCUGGAGGUCCUCACUCAGCGUGAGGAUGUCCAGCGACGCUAUAGCACAGAAAACCUGUGCUAUGGACCAGAAAGUGCCCUCUAGUGGCUGUCUAGUAGACAGCCACUAGGGGAGGACUUAACACUGCAAGGUAAUUCUUGCAGUUUAUGAAUUACACUUGCAGGGUUAAGAGUAGUGGGAUUUGGCACCCAGACCACUCCAAUGGGCAGAAAUGGUCUGGGUGCCUGGAGUGUCCCUUUAAGUCCAAAAGGGCUUGCACUCAAGAGCUAGAAUGAUAGUUUGUACUGGAAGACUAUAGGCACGGAUAAAUAGUAAUUAGAGGGAAAGAACAGGGAGUAAUUGCUAAAGCGUCCCAUAAUCCCCCUCAUUUAGGUUGACCAGGUGCUUGCAUCUAGCAACAGAUAGAUACAAUUAUCUAAAAAGAAUGGAAAGCAAUCCUGGGACUUCUUUAGAUGUUAAAAUUACUUUUUCAUUAGUAACAUUUCAGUUUUAGUUAAAUAUUUUCAUCCUGUUGUAAUUCAGCAGAACCAAAUUCUUCCACUAUACAUAAAGAAUAUAAAAUUAUAACUGUAUGUCCAAAGCUCCAUUUAACCUGCAGCAUGCUCUGCAAAAAAGGAUGAAUGAAGGGAGGCUGGUAAUGUCUCAAUGAUGGUUAUUAUUUUUUUUUAAAUAUUCAGGGAGGGAAAGAAGCAGAGGGUCAAAUGAACUGACAUAGAAAUUAUGCAUAGCUGGGCUCAGAAUUCCAAGGCCUGGGCUGCAAACCUCCUACUGCAAUGUGACCACUGGCCCCCAUAUGACUUGCAUACUCCAUAUUUGUCAUUUUCUCUGCUAUUCCAAUUGAAAAGCAUCAAAGGCUCAUGAAGUCAAAAAAAUGAAAGUACACUUUUUUAGUUAUAUUAUUAUUAUUAUUCGUUAUGUAGCAAGAACAUAUUCGGCAGCACUUUACAAUAUUAUAAGAGGGGGAUAUUUCACUAUAAAUGAGACAAUUACAAAAUGAUACAGGAACAAUAGGUAAAUGGAGACCCUGCUCAAACAAGCAUACAGUAUAAAGGUUAUAUCAACAACAUCCUCCUGUAGAAGACCAUGUGGGGUAAGGUACACUUGCCAUUACUGAAUUUCAAUCACCAAUGGCUAGUGCGGUUUGUAAAUGUUGAACUCCCUGUGUAUAAAUAUAAAGAAUAAUCCAGGCACUCCAGCAUAUUCCAAAAUGUAGGCAAUUUUUAUUGGAACGAGGAACCAAAAGGCAACGUUUCGACCCCUUAGGGCCUUUGUCAAGCUGAACUCCCUGUAUAAUCAUAAAACGUGUCGUAUUUAGUUUGUACAUCCUAGAAAUUAUGCAUUUUACAGAAUAAGGUGGUGGUGUUAAUAUUCUGAUUGCCAGUGACCAUGAUUUGAAAUCCAUAUGUAUUCUGAUUGCCAGAAAGCAUUGAGCAGCCUCUCAGGAUAGUGUUUAGACUAGUUAGUUUAUCAUUCCAUCUUAAAAUUGCAUUAUAACAAGCAACCUCAUAUAUUUUACUUACAUAUUAAACUUAUUUUAAUAUGUAACAUAUCAUUUUAAUGUUAUAAUAUUUGAACAAUAAUAUCCACAUAAACAGCCCCUCGGGACUUGUUUGUUCAAAUCCUAUCUCACAUUGCAUCAAAAAUAAUAUCCAUUUAGAUAGGUCUGUAUUAACCAAACCUAAUCCAAUGAUUCGCCAUCAUUAAUACGUAUACUGUUAGCAUCAGAGAGAAUGACGUAUGUAAAAAUUGAAUUUUAUCAUGAUUAUGAUAUGAUUGAAGGGAAGAAAUGGAAAUAGACACCAAUUUAGUAAAAAGGAACAAUGCAAUGUAUUUACAAAAGUCUAAAAAGCAAGACAAAAACAGACAACGUCAGUACAAAAGGCUAACCGAUACAUGACUUUGUGACGUCUCGCUAUGUGUUCGCCGUCAGCCUUUUUCAGCCCCGUGACCUAAGUUUCUGAAUACACACUCAGUUGUUUUUUAUAUUUAUUUUUACAGGUCUGAACACAGCAAAGACAAUGAACAAAAUACCCAAGAACUAAUGAAAAGUGCCUUGGAAACAAACAGGGAAAAGUUUAAUAUGUUUCUAGCAUAUUCCAUUGUGAACAAAAAAAAGAUUUAUUUUUACAUAUUGACAGAAUACUAUAUUCCAUAAUUCCACUCACAUACGUUUUAUAUGGUGUCUGCUUUAAAUGCAAAUGGAUGUUGCGUGCAAGUGUAAUGUAAGUACUACCACUUAUUACAACCCUUCGGGUUUGAUCCAUUAUGUUGCUAAACUACAUAAAUGUGGGACCUAUCUAAGGAUUUGUUGCAAUUUAUUUGUAAUAUUUAAGUUCCCUUUUGUGUAUCUAAAAGGUAUACUAGGUUCUGCUUUGCAACACUGGCUUAUGCAACGAUAGCAAUGUUUUGUUAAAAGAUUUAAAAAAAAAUUUCGAUAUAAGAAUCACAGAUUUCUCAUUGAGUCUAAUUCAAUGUUUGCAUGAUAAUUGCCUUGUUCAUUGUCUGUUCGAGACAAUGCAAUUUUAUGCAGAGAAAAGAGUGCUGCAUACAGUUAUACAUGGUAACGACAUUUGUGAAUAAGUAUAAUGAAAAUACAGGUUUAUAAAACAGUUAUAUUCAGGAUAGUGCCAUUAGUUUUCUUGUACAUUACAUGUAAAAAAAACAUUCCAACAUGUGCAAUAUGUAAAUAAGUGUAAAUACGGUAUACAUAAUAAAGUGUUUGGUAUAUAUACAUUAAA